AUGCUUUAUACUGUAACAGAAGCAGUACCAUCGUUCACUGAAGAGCCAUCGAAUCCUUCACGUGUUAAUGAAGGGGACAACAUAACUCUUCGUUGGACUUACAACAUUGAUGGCACCUUUCGAGAUUCAACUUUCACACGUGCGGGCGCUACCAUAGCACUGAAAGAUAGCAGCGGCUUGGCCGUGGCUGCAGAAUUCUCAGACCAUGUACAAGUGAUUAUAUUAGACAGUGAAGCAGCGUUAACACUCCUUCAUGUGAAUAGAUCAGACGAUGAAGAGUAUCGAUACUUCAUUCGGAAUACUGCUUUGAGGGCAACAACAAGUGUUGUCAACGUCUUUGUGCAGUGUAAGUAGACAAUAAGACAACAACUACCAUUCUGUGUUCUUAUGCGUAUUCUUGCCAUUUAUAUGCAUCCUCCCUUCCCCUCUCCUUCCCGGUGGCCAAGAUUUUCUAAGGAGGUAGCUUAUACGAAAUAGAAAUAUGGAAUUUCGUAUGGUUGUAGGACUGAAAGCAAGAUGAAGGGAUAGAGGAGAAAUGUAAAUAUCACAAGAUUACCAAAGUAAUUACUUGUCUUUUACCUCGCGAAGCUUUAUAGGAAAAGGACCGAUAGAAGGAAUAAAGGCCAAAAAAGGGCCAAGUGAGAUGUACCAAAAAGACCAUAAAAUGUUCUCUUACCUUGAUUUUCACUUAUAUUUUGAAGUUAGUAAUCCACAUCACCUCCAUAUUCUAUUUAAAGUACUUCUGCUGUCAAAACUCAUGGCCAAAAUAAUUUCUUGAUCACUAAAUCGGUCACAAAGAAAUUGUUCCAGCUUUGUCCUGUCAUGGUUUUCUUGCUAGGCAAUUGCAAACACCAACCAAACCAAUAGAAUAUGUGAAAUGAUGUCUCACUUUUGGUUAAUUAAGUGAUCCUCAUACAAGGUAAAUUUCAACAAAUUUAUAAACCUCGCUUCAAGAGGAAUUUAUUUACACAUUAUAUGUACAAGGCCAAAUAGAAAACAGGCCUCAUGAAGCAGGUGCUCUCACAUUUUCAGUGGGCUGAAAGUAAACAAAUGAAUGCGCAGCAGUGUUGUUGCAAGGUUUGAAUUACUAUUUCUUUGUUCUUUAAAGUGGUAAUACGACGUAAAUUUGGAAGUCCUUUUUUUCUUUGGUUAUGGAAAGAAGACGUACUAAUAUAGUAACCAUGCCGAUGUUUUUGCUCAAAAUUCACACAAGAAGUCCGAUUAUUUUGAAAAAAAAAACAUUGGCUUUCGCUGUCUACCAUUACGUGAGCCGCAAAAUGACCAGGAGCAAAAAAGGGUUGGGACUAACUUGAACGACCAGGAAGUGACUUCAGACUCGCAUCAAUCCAAAAUCUCGUGGUUGAUUUCCUCUGCAGUCUAUGAGAGAUGUGAGAGAUCACCCUGUUGUUGAAUUUAUAACUUUAAAAUGUCUCCACGCCAGUGUGUAGUGCAAGAUUCUGAUCUUCGUUUGACUGGGACUGGUAACAUAGGAGAGUAAACGUGCUUCGCCGAGCUCCCUCCCUUUAUAGUUUUUUUUUAAUGCUGGGCAAACGCAAAACCGGUCAAAAGCUUCCAAAGAUUCUUUGCCAUCUCCAGAUAAAAAAAAAAUCGAAAGACGAAGGAAAGGCACCCUCAACUGCAUCGGAGACUGACGAAGUGUUCGAAGCUUUAGAAAUGGCCGAAGGUAUAGGGUCGAAGCUUGAAGCUGUACUUAAAAAAAUUAGAAAAGCUUCAUACUAUUGAAAGCCGCUUGAGCCAGAUGUACACAACACUAGCAAGUACUGAAGAAAAUGUAAGCAGGCUGGAUUCGGAUGUCGAAGAUCUGAAAACAAAGUCCAUACAGCUUGGCUCAACAGUCAAUGAAUUGAAAGAAAGCAUCCGAUUUAAUGAGGAGAACAUAUCCGACUUAAAACUUGAAAACCAAAAGCUACAACAGGAUGUCUGCGAGCUCCAGAAACAACUUCUUUACAUGGAGACUUACUCAAGGAGUGAAAAUGUAAAAUUUGUGGGGCUACUAGAAGAGCAAGUUGACCACAUGAAUGGUGGUGACGAAGAUCACAAUGGCGCGCAAGCAAAAAUAGAAGAUACAAGAGGGAUUAUCUAUAAAUCUCUCGAACAUCAACUAAAGAUUCCAAGUGCGCGACAAAGAAUUGAAUUCUGCUUACGAAAACCGAAAAAUGGAAGCUCGCGUCAAAUCAUUGCACGAGUUUUACGUUAUGGGAAUAAGGAACUUGUGAUGCGUCAGGCCCGGAAAAAUCUGAAGGACACGGAAUUCCAUGUCUACGAUGACAUCCCAAAAAAAAGACCCGACGAAAGGACAAAUGAAGAAGUUGCAGAAAGCCAGGGGAAAAGGCUUUAUCACCUACUUCAGUAAAGCUCAGCCAGACAAACUGUAUGUCAACGGAAAGUACAUUGUCCCUGGUGAACCGAUAGAGUGAUAUCCUUUUCAAUAAUACGUUUUUCUCUGCGAAUGCCAAAUAAUCUAUUUGCAAUUACUUUUCCACUUAUUUAAUGUUUUUUUUUUCAACUUUUUAUGUAUAACGAUGUCAAGGAGUUCUAUAUAUAGGAACAUCGAUCGGGCUAUUACCAAAAGCGACGGAACCCAAAAGGAUUUAUUACUGUAAUUUGUGUCUGUAUAUGUGUUUAUGUUCUUCUGUGUGUUAUUAUCCUUCUUUCGUGUACCUUGUACAAUUUGCAAAUAUCUAGGCCUAGUAGUUAAAUUACAUAACUGCUCUUCUGACACUCUCAACAAAGGAUUUCCUUUCUCACCUUUUCACCAUGCAACCUGAUGAUAUGGUAAUUUGCUCCCUAAACGUCAGAGGUCUGUCAAACAAUACUGAACGGAGAGAAACGUUUUUAUGGUUAAAGAAAAAAAAGUUCUCUAUUUACUUUUUGUAAGAGGUGCAUAGCACAAAAGAGACAGAACCUUAUUGGCAUUCUGAAUGGUGAUAUUCGACUAUUUUUACAACCUUCUCAAGCUCUAAGACAGGCGUUGCUAUACUGUUCAACAACAAUUUUCAAUUUCAAAUUCUGAAACAUUUUGCCGACCCCGAAGUGAGGUUUAUUAUUACAGACUUAGAUACUGGGGACAAAAUUAUUACAAUGGUAAAUGUCUACGCGCCUGAUGAGGACAAUCCAGCCUUCUUUAGAAACAUACAUGACAAGCUGUGCUCCUUUGAAUGCGAUUUUGCAAUUUUUGGUGGCGACUUCAAUUUAGUUAGUGAUGUUUCUAAAGACAAAAAAGGGGGUGUUGCCACAACACACUUGAAAUGUAAAGAUGAAGUAGAGGCUAUCAGAGAAGAUUUCGAACUGGCUGAUAUUUGGCGCAUACUUAACCCUGAGGCCACGCGUUUUACGUGGAGAAGGGAAAAUCCUGAGAUCCAAUGCCGCUUAGAUUUCUUCCUCAUUAGUCUUUCUCUUUGCCCAGAGAUCACGGAAGCCGACAUAGUGCCCGGUUACCGAACAGACCACUUAAUGAUUACAUUUCGUAUAAACACAGCCCGAAACCCCAGAGGACCAGGUUAUUGGAAAUUAAACAGACACCUCCUAACUAAAACGCAAUACGUUGAGUUGAUACGAAAAAACAUCGCUGAUGUGUAUAAGGAAUAUGAAGGCCAGAGUGAAGUUGACGAGAUCUUAUUAUGCGACGGCAUCAAAAUGAAAAUUAGAGAAGCCUCUUUAAUUAUACCGCAGCCAGGAAACAGCGUCUGGAAAAUAGAGAAAAUCAGUUAGAAGAAGUUUUAGCACUCGAGAAUAAGCUUGACAAACGUAAUGUAUCAGAAAAAGUGAAAGAAAACAUACGGACUGAACUCAGAAUUAAGAAACAGCUAAUAGAAGAAAUAAUCGCCUACUAAACUCAAGGGGCUAUUCUUAGAUCAAAAGUGAAAUGGUAUAAUGAAGGAGAAAAGAAUACAAAACAUUUUCAUAAACUGGAGAAGCGGCACUUUAAUAGUAAAACCAUUAGGUACCUCCAAAGCGCAAAUGGGAAGACGUUUUCGACGGACGUAGAGAUUCUAGACGAAGCAAAAAAUUACUAUGGGCAUCUUUACACGACUACAAGUGUUGAUGUCAGUGAUUAUGAUAAUCUUUUUUUUCCCUGAAGUUACUGAAACAAAGCUAGGUAAUAAUAAAAAAAAAUCUUGCGAAGGCCAACUGUCAGCAACGGAAUGCUUACAGAGUCUAAAAACAAUGGAAUCGGAUAAAUCGCCUGGGACGGACGGUAUUCCAGCAGAAUUUAAUUAUAAAGUUUUUUGGGACGAUGUGUCUCCCUUUUUACCCGCCGAUGAAGAAGAAGAAGUUGAUGGUAUUAUACUCGUAUUAUACUCCAGAGUAUGAUACCAUUAACUGACGUGAUACAACUCACUUUGACUCUGAAGAUGACUAAAGUUGAUCCCUGCGGCUUGCAACUUCAAAAAUAAUGCUCAGGAGACAUAUUCGUUCGUCUCGGAUCUCUGAUUUUGUCAUUUACAUGUAAUUUCUUUGCUUACUUUAAUUUGCUUACUGUAAUUUGCUUCUUUGCUUACUGUAAUUUCUUUGCUUACUUUACUUUAAAAUAAUGCUCAGGAGACAUAUUUGUUCGUCUCGGAUCUCUGAUUUUGUCAUUUACGUGUAAUUUCUUUGCUUACUUUAAGUUCCAUAGCGAUUGAGGGCGAACGUAGGGUGAAUAAUUGGCAAAAUUAAAGAAAAUGAACUGGACUGCCGUGACACAGGCCCUUUAAGAGCUGCUAAGUUUUACUUAACCAAAAAUGCAGGUGAGAAGGCCUAUUGUAAGUAAAACCUCAAGUAACUUUACUUUUCAUCUCAUGAAAGUUGGAAAGAUUAAAAAGUUCAAUAAGGACUCAAGUGAUUCAAAACCAUCCUUAUGACCGACUUAGGUGACUUGCAUUUUCUCAGGUUGUCAGUCAAGCUAUUUGCUGCUAGUAGCUGCUGUGUUUUAGAAUGUUUGAAUUGGGUGUCCAUCUAAAGGAGUCAAUGCCAGGUAAAACAAGUAGCUUUUUUCUGUGACAAAAUUGUGACAAUCAAGCAUGAACUGGAUACGUUAUCUAUUACUGAUGCUCCUGUUCUUCUAUUGAUUGAUGACGCCAUAAGUACAUGUGAAUUAAGCGAAUCUUUUCCCACCUCAGAGGAUGAACUUUCUGGUCUCGUGAAAAAAAUCGCCGCCAAAUCGUGUUCUCUUGAUCCUGUAACUGCUUCUCUUUUACGUUAUUGUAUCGAUGAUUUACUACCUAUUAGUAAAGGAGUCGUAAACCUUUCAUUCAAUUCAGCUUCAAUGCAAAGUUCCGUGAAGAAUGCAAUGUUGUCUCCUCUGCUGAAGAAACCGUCCCUAGACUUCGAAAUCUUUUCUAGCUUUCGACCCGACGACGAUCGAAUAGUAUCCCAUGAUGCAUUUUUCCAGAAGUAUCACGCAAUAUCGCAGUCGACAUAGCAGAUUCCAUCGUAAAAUAAGGUCGCCUUCUCGUCGGCGUUUUUCUCAUUCGAUUUCCAGAAAAAGUACGAAUAUUGCAUUAUUUAGUUAUUUGACGUGCUUUUCUCCGAUUUGCAAUGCCUUAAGAGCCACGUUUCCACAGAGAAACAUUUAUUUUCGUGGUUUCAACUCGUCUUCCCAUCAAAAAGCGUUCAGUGACCCACAACAAGGUCAUGAAUAUUCAAGAAUUUUAAGAAUAUAUGUUGAAAUCUUCCAAACGUGGACCUCAUACCAGAAAAAUGAAGUCCUGAAUAUUGUGCAGGGUAAGAAGUACCAGAAGUACCCACAUUUUGAAGACUUUUUCGUCGACGAACGAUGGCUGAAAUUUCGAAUCUUUUAUCACAUUUCAACGCCAUGGGUGGGAAUAUAUGGGUAAAGUCCGCUGAAGGCUAAAAUCUGUUGGGCGCUUUCGAGAGCGCUUUAUGCCGAAGCAAUCACUUUGUAUUUUCAAAGUGGUUAUUGUUAAAAGGAAUUUGAAUGUAACCAUUUUCAUUCGAAGAUUGAAUAAUGAAUAAAUAAUAUAAUAAAUAGUGAAUAAUGGUGUGUUUCAAUGUGAUAGGAACCCAAAGAAAGGUGCCACGCAGCAUGCAAGCCGGCACAACGUAAACAAGCCUGCUCAGAAUUUGAAAAAGAAACAUCAGAAACUUUAUUUACUCAAAAGAACAGAUCAGUACUCUGGCCAGGAAAUUUCCUUGAAGAUUGCUUGAGUCAGUACCAGGUAGAUUGUGCUUCAGAGAAUUGUUUGCCACAUCAGUAGGUUAAAUUUAUUUGUAAUUGCCGUUGUAAACUGACAGCUGUGAGCGCGAUGCUGUAAUAAAUCCUCCUUUGGUAAUUAGCUUCACAGCGUGUAGCGGCUGUUUUUUUUGGAACCACUUUUUAGAUCAGUCACGGUUUUGGUUCUCCUCAGGCCUGAGUUCUCCUAGUGAACCUAGCGAAACUUAUCAGUUGCCGAGUCUUAUACUUCGUGUUUACAGUGCCACUGAGCGCACAAGCGGUAGUUCUCGACAGAUCAGUGAAACACAUGUAAAACCCUUCUUAGUCAAAGUAACGCUGAAAUUCUCCUUUAAAGCACAGCGAAUAUAUACCAACUCGAUAAUCUCAAAAGCAGAAGCUGCUGAGCCGAAACAUGUUUGGAACCAUCCACAUCGAGCACUGCGAUGUUCAUUUCCCGCGUGCUGAAGAUUACUGAUCAUGUUAUGUCACGUACGCAGUGAUAAUAUAACAUGAAACGAGCUGCAUCAUGGGAUACUAUUCGAUCGGCGUCUGCAUUCGACCUGUAUCUAACCUGAAGUUUUUGUCUAAAGUUACUGAAAAAGUUGCAGCAAUGCGUCUGACGAAUUAUUUGUGUGAUAUUGAUCUGAAUGAAUUAGAAAGUCUUCAGUCUGCUUAUAAGAAAAACCACAGUUGUGAGACAGCGCUUCUACGUGUUCAAAAUGAUAAACUGAAAUCAAUCGAUAAUAAACAAUGCGUUGUUCUCUUGCUGCUAGACCUAUCAGCAGCCUUUGACACCGUCGAUCAUAAGAUCUUGUUACACAGACUGCGAUCCAGGUUUGGUAUAAAAGGAAAAGCGCUUUUGUGGCUUCAGUCUUAUCUUAUGGAUCAUUCCCAGUCAGUUCAGAUUGAUGUAUUUACCUCUGCAGUUCGUCCGCUCAGAUUUGGUGUACCCCAGGGGUCCGUGUUGGGCCCGUUGCUGUAUCUGUUGUACACGGCCCCACUAGGUGACCUAGUACGAUGGCAUGAUAUGGACUUCCAUCUAUAUGCUGACGAUAUUUAACUGUACACCACCUUCAGUUGCGAUGAUAAGGAUGAUCUUACCACUAUAAUCUCCCGGAUUGAAAGCUGUCUUGUCGAUAUCACCAGCUGGAUGACUACUAACAAACUGAAACUAAAUACUGACAAAACGGAACUUCUCAUUUUCUAUUCUAGGUUCAGAUUGCCCCCAGCGCUACCUUCUAUUAAAAUAGGAACUGAUAUCAGUCAAGCCUACAGAUAAGGCGCGUAAUAUCGGCGUCAUUUUCGAUAACAGCGUAACGGUGUCUUUUCAUAUUAACAACAUAGUUAAAGUGGCAUUGUACCACCUUAGAAAUAUAGCUAAGAUUCGUAAGUAUAUCAAUACCACAACGGCUGAAGUUCUUGUGCACGCAUUCAUAAAUUCGAAGCUGGAUUUCUGCAACUCACUUUAACAUGGUUUUCCCAAGUAUGAAAUUAACAAACUGCAAAGUGUCCAAAACGCUGCAGUGCUUGUGAUUGCCUGCUUACGUAAUUUUGAUCACGUAAGUGAUACUCUAAAGGAGUUGCACUGGCUACCAGUGGAGCAAAGAAUAAUCUUUAAGAUUAAUCUUAUUUGUUUUAAGAUACUAAAAAAUUUAGCUCCUGAUUAUUUGGUUGACCUAAUCCACGAACCUGCGAGGUACCUUCGCUCAUCUUCAGAGAAGUGGCGUCUGUUAUGAUAUCUAGAACUUUGUGGAAUUUAUCCACAUUUGCUUUUCAGAUAAGAACAUUCUAGAAUGUCAGUUUGCUAAUCUCUAUUAUUAUCCCAAACGUUAUGUAAGUUUCUAUAAAUAGACUGAUUAUGUAUUUGUUUGGAACAUUCUAGAAAUCCCCUCUUUAAGGUAUAUAAGCAACCCCUAGACUAGUUUUUCUGUCUGUUAGCAUGUCACUAGCUCUAUGAGUGUAACCUACUUCUGAAGAGAUUAAAGUUUGUGUUCUACGAGACCUGGUCGACUCAACGUUCCUCAUUGACUGACAAAACUUGGUGUCAGAAGGUUAGUACAAUCCGCGAGCUUUGUCUUUGUUGCUUUGAUCUCUACUAGUGAGCAAACGUCUGGUUCAACGGCUGCUGUACCGAUUUAUACUUCUACAGUACCGCUAGCCAAACCUCCACAUCCUCUCAACCUAGAAGACAGAUCGCAUAGAGGCGAUAACUGGUUACACUUCAAGAGAGCAUGGCAAAUCUAUGAUCAAGCGACUGGGAUCAGUAAACAAGAAGGUCCAGUCCGUGUUGCUCACUUUCUCAACGUCAUUGGAAGAGAAAGAGUUCAGUUGUUUGACACCUUUACCUUUGAUGAAGAUAGUCACGAACGCGCUGACAAGAUAGAUGACGUCAUCGCUAAAUCUUGAAUCUCGUUGUCUGCCGCAACGUAAUGAAACGUACGAACGAUACCACUUCAACAAAAGAGAGCAAGAACCAGGAGAAAGUAUCGACCAGUAUUGCACAGCACUGAUGCGUCUCUCUGAACACUGUGGCUUUCUGAACCUAAGAGACAGUUUGAUAAGAGACCGCCUCAUCCUUGGAGUUAAGAAUGAUCGUGCACGCAAGAAACUACUGGAGCAGAAAGAUCUUGCUUUGGAUAAAGCCUUGGACAUUCUGCGAACACAAGAGUUAACUGAUAUACGCGCAUCAGACAUGACAACUGAAGAAGCUAAUGUAAAUAAGGUAAAGCUCAAGAAAACGAAAAAUCCCAAGACUCAGACUGAAGAUCCGACCUCGCAUAAACAGACCUCAGGUAGAAAGCGGACUCCUCCGUGUAAGUCAAAAGGGAAAGGUUCUGGCAACCCCAACAACGUAUGCACUCGAGAAUGCAAGUUUUGUGGUGCUGUUCAUGAGAUGAAAAAAUCAGCCUGUCCUGCUGUUGGCAAAAAAUGCACUAGAUGUGGCAAAGAAGGACACUUUGCAAAAAAGUGUGACUCCCGCUCCAUCAAUCAUGUACAAGAUUGUGAAAUUUACAGUCAUAAGCCCUCCUCCACAUCAGCUUAUGUGACAGUGCGCCUAAACAACAAUGCCGAGGUACAACUCCAGAUCGAUACAGGUGCUUCAUGUAACAUUCUGCCUAAAAGUGACUACAUCAGGGCUACAGGAGACAAACAGUGUAAGAAUCUGGAACAGUCGUAUACAAGGCUCACCAUGCACAACAAGACUGUAGUCUGGCCACUUGGUCAAAUCCGCCUACUUACCGAACGGAAAGGAAGAAAAUAUGGGGUUCUUUUUCACAUUGUGAAGCAAGAUUUGACACCACUCCUCUGUAGAACAACGUGUGAAAAGAUGAACUUAGUCAAAAUUCUAGAUGCUGACAUAAACGCGACUCACGAUGAAAGAAUUGAUGUCUCGCCAAAUGUUAGAAGUGAUCCUAUCUUAUCUGAAUUCACUGAUAUCUUCACCGGAGUUGGAUGCCUUGAAGGAAGCUACUCCAUCCAAGUGGACGACAGUUUCCGUCCAGUGGUACAUCCGCCUCGUAAAGUGCCAGUCCCUCUACGAGAUACACUCAAGUCAGAGUUGGAUAACAUGGUAAAGAAUGGUAUCCUCGCCAAAGUAACAGAGCCUACAUCAUGGGUCUCUAGUCUUGUUAUAGUCAAGAAACCUAACGGGAAAAUACGAGUAUGUUUAGAUCCUCGAGAUCUCAACCGCGCAAGCAAACGCUCGCACUAUCCACUUCCAACUAUUGAGGAAGUCGCAACUCGCCUUAGUGGUGCCAAAGUCUUUGGCGUGUUAGAUGCUAAAUGUGGAUUCUGGCAGGUCAAACUAAAUGAAAAGAGCAGUUAUUUGACAACUAUGAACACACCUUUUGGCCGCUAUCGCUGGCUCAGAAUGCCAUUUGGGAUAAACUCAGCCCCAGAAGUAUGGCAACAGCGAAUGCAUCAGCUAGUAGAAGGACUUACAGGUGUAGAAGUCAUCGCCGAUGAUUUCCUAGUUUGUGGUUUUGGAGACACUAAUGAAGCUGCAAUAGCUAACCAUGAUCAGAAUUUCAAAGCUUUCCUCUGGCUCGCAAGAGAAAGAAACCUCACUCUCAACAGCGAGAAGUUGAAACUUCGACAGUCACAAGUUCCUUUCAUAGGACACCUCCUCACAGCUGAAGGUCUAGGACCCGACCAGUCACAGGUACAGGCCAUAGUUGACUAUCCAGUGCCUACCAACCUCGCAGAACUGAGAACGGUUUUAGGAAUGGUGCAGUAUCUGGCAAAAUUCUGCCAGCGUCUGUCUUCAGCAUCCCAGCCUUUAAGACAGUUGGAGAAGAAGGAAGUUGAAUGGCAUUGGCAACGCCCUCAAAGUAAAGCCUUCAACGAGAUAAAAGAUCUCGUCACUAAAGCCCCAGUUCUACGGUACUUUGACGUGAGUAAGAAUAUAACUAUACAGUGCGAUGCCUCACAGUACGGUAUUGGUGCAACUCUGCUUCAGGAAGGACAGCCAGUCCACUACGCAAAUAGAGCACUGACCACCACAGCAAAACUACGCCCAAAUAGAGAAGGAGCUCCUUGCUGUUGUGUUCUCUUUUGAGCAUUUCGAACAUUACAUUUAUGGCAAACACGUCACAGUCGAAACAGACCACAAGCCACUGAUUGCUAUACAGAAGAAGCCAAUCAACACAGCCUCUAAAAGACUGCAGCGUAUGAUGCUUCGUUUGCAAAGAUUUGACCUGAAUCUUACUUACAAGCCCGCCAAAGAGAUGUACAUUGCUGACGCACUUUCUCGCGCUCUACCUAAGCAGUCAAAGAUAUCAAGCACCUCACACUUCUGUAACGAUCUAGAAACUGUCAACUUUGUUGAAGACUUGCCGAUAUCUGACUCAACACUUGCGAAGUUUCAAGUAGAGACGGCCAAAGAUGAAUCUCUACAAGUGUUGUCACAAGUUAUACGCGCUGGUUGGCCUACGAAAACUUCGAUGGUACCUACUAGCGCACAGCCCUUUCUCAAGUAUCGAGACGAGAUGACACUCCAAAAUGGCCUAAUAUUUAAAGGAACAAAGAUAAUCGUCCCAGAGAGCCUUCACCGAUGUAUGUUGGAGGAAACGCACAAAUCUCAUCAAGGACUGCAAGCAUGCCUUCGAAGAGCUAGAGAAGUUUUCUUCUGGCCAAGAAUGUCUGCGCAACUCAAGAAUCUUAUUGAUAAGUAUUCUAUAUGCCAAAGUGUUAAACCUGAACAAGCUAGUGAACCUCUUCAGCCUCACCCAGUUCCUGACAGGCCAUGGCAACGAGUUGCAACUGAUUUGUUUACCUUUGAGAACCGCAACUACCUCGUAUCAGUUGAUUACUACAGAAACUUCAUUGAGCUGGACUAUCUUGCUAACACUUCGUCCCAGACAGUCAUUCACAAACUGAAGAUGCAUUUUGCAAGGCAUGGGGUACCAGUUUAUGUUGUUUCCGACAAUGGUCCGCAGUAUACAUCUUCAGAAUUCCGAAGAUUUGCAAAAACAUGGAAGUUCAAGCAUGUCACCAGCAGCUCACCGCACUACCCAAAAGCUAAUGGAAUGGCCGAAAAUGCAGUCAAAACAUGCAAGACAAUAAUGAAGAAAGCUCUUCUGUCAAAAUCCGAUCCAUAUCUUGGUUUAUUGGAUCACCACAACACUCCUACUGCCGCGACAGGUAUGUCACCCUGCCAACGUCUUUUUGGUCGCCGAGCUAAGACACUCCUACCCUUCUCAGAACCUCUACUCAAGACUGAACAAACAGUUAGCGACCUUCUCAAGAAGGAUCGUGUCAAGCAAGCAAAGCAUUUCGACCAGCAUACCAAACAACUCUCAGAACUCAAGUCAGGUGACAUAGUGCGCAUGAAACUGCCUGGUGGAACACAGUGGUCACAAGCAGUUGUUUCUUCUAAAAUUGCACCUCAAAGCUACAAGGUUGAAGUCAAUGGCAGAUUCUAUAGGCGUAAUCGUAAGCAGUUGCGUUCUACCAAGGAACCACUUCAAGAAUCUCCCCAUGAGAUGGAGGAAGAUGACCUAACGACUUCAAACAAUCCGCCAGAACAGACCCAACCCUCUCCAGCUAGUACUCAAGCAAAAACAGCCACAACCCCUCCUAGACCUCAGCUUUUCCUCUCACCUCGAACAGCAGAGCUGAGUGCAAGACCGCCUCAAGAAACCACGAAAACUGAGAUAAGGACGAGAUAUGGACGAUUAAUCAAGCCGCCGAAGAAGUUUGAUAUUGAGUCAUAGUGAUGAACAUUGUAGCCUCUACUUACUUUUUUUUUAAAAGGGGAAAGAUAUGAUAUCUAGAACUUUCUGGAAUUUAUCUACAUUUGCUUUUCACAUAAGAAUAUUCUAGAAUGUCAGUUUGCUAAUCUCUAUUAUUAUCCCAAACGUUUUGUAAGUCUCUAUAAAUAGACUGAUUAUGUAUUUGUUUGGAACAUUCUAGAAAUCCCCUCUUUAAGGUAUAUAAGCAACCCCUUAGACUAGUUUUUCUGUCUGUUAGUAUGUCACUAGCUCUAUGAGUGUAACCUACUUCUGAAGAGAUUAAAGUUUGUGUUCUACGAGACCUGGUCGACUCAACGUUCCUCAUUGACUGACAAAACUGCGUCUUGUUAUUAAACCCUAUAACUUAAAGACAUACGGUUUAAGGGCUUUUUCAGUUAUUGCCCCUAUACUCUGGAACGAUUUGCCUAUUGACAUUAGAUCGAUGAUGUAAAUAAGUUUAAAUCUAAAUUGAAGACCUUUCUUUUUAUAUAUAUAUAAAUAAGUUUGAAAAACAGUGCUCAAUACAUAAAGUAGAGCGAGUAUACCUAUGGUUGACGGAAGAAAACAAGUAACUACAUAAGUAUCCCUACAAGCCUGUUUCGUGGUUGCCCACUCCUCAGGGGAUUUUAAUGAGAAUAACUUUACCAUUACUUAUAUACUAGACUGAUUUACAUAAUUUAUUCAGUGCGAGGUUCGUUACAUCAGUUGUUUCUGUGGCGGCAGGAAGACACGAGUUCAUUACGUUUGUUAAGUGUAGAGAGUUCAGGUUGUACAACAGCUCAAGCAAACGAUGCAACUUAUGUCUUAUCAUCUGCCGACCUGAACUCUCUACACUAGGUUACAGAGGUUUUAAUCAGUAAGGCUUUGCCAACAGGCUCUCAACUACUCUCCCUUAACUUAUAGUUUGUUUUAUCGGGAAGUGAAUAGAGUUUUGGAUCAUUAAGUGGAAGGAAGCAGCCCUAGAGAUGCUAGUACCUGUUUUAUUUGUGCAUUUUUUAAUCAACUUUGAACAACUUACACGUAAUACUUAUCAGAGAGUGUUUUAGAAGGUUUCAAUUUUCCUCCCUUAUUCUUUUUUUCAGUCAAACCAGAGAAUGUACAGGUGUCAACAAAUACCACUGGAAACCAAGCCUGUCUUGGAAGCUAUUUGAACUUUACUUGCUCAGUUGGUACUCAUGGUAAUCCAGAAGUGUACUACUACCAGUUGUUUAGAAAUGACACUGUUUUGGGCACAAGCAGUUCAGGAGAGUGGAUCAGGAUGCUGUCAAGCAGUGGAGUCUUCGCAUACAAAUGCCAGGCCAACAACACUGUGGGAGCAGCAAACAGCACAACUGUUACCGUUACUGUUGGAGGUAAAUAUCAACAAUAGUUGUACUGGUAAUGUUCAUUGCCAGUACGUUUGCACCAUUCAAUAUGUACAUGCCUGUUGGUAUCCCCGUAGAUUGUGUAUCAGUGUGGGCUUCAAAACAUGCCAGGAGGUGAAAAACCAAUCAAGGGUCAAUUUAACUGAAACUUUUACAAGACUGGUGUAAUUUACAAGUGUAAGCUGUUGUGUUCAGACCUGGCUAAAACAAUAAGUUGAAAAUAACACUUGUAAAAGUUUUUUUAAUAAAAUUAAUUAGCCCAGCAGUCUUCUUCUGCACUUAUCAUGAUCCCAUUCCCAAUACAUACCUAAUUCUGUAUAAAAUUACAAUUAUCAGUAUGAAGUGGAAAAAUGCUUUUUCCCUUUAGCCAGAACUUCCCGUAGAUGAUAAAUUCCUUAGUAUGGUAACAAGUGACUGAAAAUGAUUGGCUGGGGUUGUAAUGAGUCAUUUCUGUCACUAUACAUGUAAGUGACAUCAAAAUGAGAGAUCACCUAUAGCCUAAGGGUGCUUUUGAUAUUUGUGGAUUCGUUCUCCUGAGGACUAGCUAGGACCUCACAUGUAAAUGAGGCUUAGAGGACACAAGAUGGCUGGUCUUUGGCGGCGGGCAGUUUCAAACCUGUUAAUUCCUUGGUUAAAAGAAUACUUAAAACAAAGGGGCAUUCAAAGCUCAGGAAAACAUAAGGUUGAACUAGAAGAACUUUGUGAAAAAAGGAGGGCGAUGAAAGUCCCAAAGAUUGCUACAUCUACAUAAGAUGAAAACACUAGUCAAUCAAAGAAUUUCAAUGAAAGAGCAACUAAAAACCGAUGAGGGAGAUCUGGAAAAUCCAUUGGAUCAAAAAAACCUUAAUGGACCAAAAAUUUUACUUACUGUAUGUAGCAGACUUUAGAUUUCCAAAUUUUUAAUUUACCUGGCGGCAAAAUAUCCCUUACAUUAAAAGCUGAAAGCCUAAAAUGUUUACAAAUCUCUUGUGGAGUACAAGUUUUUUUUUUUGAUGGAGACAUGGAAGACCGUUCCUGUCAUCCUCCUGAACCCAAUACUAGUAGUUACGGUUACUUCAAGUGAAUGAUCGAAAUUGCUGGAUCAUUCACUCCACCUAGCAUCACAGAUAUUGGAAUUAUUGGUUAGAAUCACAUCCAUUGGUCUCAGGAGUGUGUGACUCCAAAGUUUGAACUCUAGUUGGUUGUUGUAUUAGACAUUUAAAUUUUGUUCCUCUUCUACAUGUAGAUGCGCUAGAAGUUUUCCUUCUGGUGUAUCGGGUCUCAUUGUAUGAACCCUAAAGUUUAUUAAGGUUCAAUUAUAUAUACGACGACAUUCUGUUGAUUUAGAGAGGCCUAGUUUGAGGUGCGACUCAGUUCUUCCUCCAAAAGAAGUCUACAGUAACCAGUUAAUUUUUCGGGUAGUCUGUAGAUUCCAACUAGGAUUAUUAUUAUUUUUUUUAUCUUCAAGUUGUGUCGAUAUAGUUUUUAGGAGGCCAUACUGAUAUUUACUUAAGAGUGAUUUUAUGCUUGUCUGAUUACUAUAAAAUUUCCACCAGUGAUUGAGUUUUAUAUCACUAUGACAACAAUAAAGGCAAUGAAGAAUAAAAUCAGUUUGUUUAACUGGUCAUGAAAAUAUGACUAAAAUAAAGGUUUGUUAGUUGAGUUUCUCUCUGUUCACAAACGAUACGAAACGCAGUUUGAAAAAUGAAAAAAAAAGGCAUGAACAUUAACCCUUCUCCUUUUACCUUUUUAGAUCACAUAUUAUUGCUUCAAGUUUGAGUUCAUUUGCUCGGUGAACGAAUUUGUUUAAGCAUAACAAAGAUAAUCUUAAGCUGAUGAGGAUUUCAUUGUCACAGGGCGUCACAUGACCAGCCGCAACCAGGGUUCUUUCUUGAGGAAGGAAGAGAGAGAACCCUGGGAAUGGCAUUGCAAAGCCUGCUCUUCUGUACUGAAGACUUGAAGAAACCAAAUUUUACUGCGUCGUAUUAUAUCAAUCUUGAAACUGAAAAGUGACAUUAAGCGACGGUUAAUCUCGAGAAGAUGAAUUUCUGAAAAAAUAUCUAUCCAGUGGUUUCAAAGCUAUUCGCUUCUUUGUUAAUUAAAAGUAGACCAAAAUGUUUACAAAACUGCUAACAGGAGCGCAUUGAUACCUACUAAUCAAAUCCUUCUUUUUCUCCGGCUACUCCGGUUUUCCCUUCUCCUCAAAAACUAACACUUCCAAAUUCCCAUUCGAUCUGGAACGCACGGACACUGUGAUUUAAACGAGUUCAUAUGAAGUCCUAUUUGCUUCGAGGGUAAACAAGCAAUUUUCUUUUUUAGCAAUCGGCUAGAGCUAUCUUGAUGAUCUUUGUUACAUGUUUUUUGAAAGACUGAAACUACAAUGAUGUGUAAUUGCAUUUCAAAAGUGUCUUGUUUUGUAGAGAUAACGGCCGAAAAUCAAGAAUGUCCAGUUUUUGACUUCAUACCAAAAUAUAUUGAUAACGCUGUUAUAGAUUUCGCUUAAACUUCGGGAACAUCAGGGACAAAAAAGUUCCCUUGAACGAUUAAGAAAAAAGAACAAUUCCCAGUGCCGAGAAAACGUCCCCAGCGGCAAAGAGCAAGGUGAAACGAAUGUUUUCGCAGGCUACUCAAUUUUUAUUGAUUUUAUUUUAAGUAUAUACUAGACAGAACCUUCGUUUUUUAGGCUUGGCUAAAUCAUUGUUAUUGGUUCGUAUUUAUGCAUUCUUUAUCUUCCAAACUUUGGAUCUGUAGGUCUAGGCUUUGCUUUAAACUACCUGGCCCUGGUUUCAGUGAGCUCAAGGCCUAGACCUAAUUUUAACACAAACAAUUAAAAUCUAACUCAAUUUCAAAACCAAAAUGGCACAAAAAGUAUACACUCAUGUAUACAGUUAUGUACUUACCUACAUACAAGUGUACCUCACCCAAGAAGAUAUUUACUCCAUUUUUUCAUCUGGGCCUGGUUCCUGAAAGGCCAAUUAGCACUAUUUCCAGGAUUAAAGUUUUGUUCCACUUUGUGUGUAUAUCUUCCUAUGCAUUGCUUAGGGUAACAUUGUGUGUUAUCAUUUCUCUUUUUUCAAAGUAAAGGCAAAACAGAAUUUUUAAGCUCCAGUUACAUGUUCUAAGACGAGAAAACUUUGCUUGAAAUUUCGCUUAGUCCGGGGUUAAACUUAACCAUCUUUUAAGGAACCGGGGCCUGGUCACCCAAUUGUACCGGUGAUGACAAACAGUUGAAGAUAACCCUGUGAUUGAGUAGCAUCCCAUCCAGAGGGCUUACUACAAUAUUCUUACAGUAUCUGCAGGUGCCUUAUGCCACAGAAACGCAGGUGAGGCUUUACUUUCGUUGUUGGUCUUUUUUAUAGAGGCUUCAACCAUCCAGCCCUUGCUGAACGAGACAACAACUGAAGGUGAAAAAUUGAAUCUCUUUUGUAAUUCAUCUGGUACUCCUCCGCCAGUCGUGUCAUGGGUGAAAAUCAGCACUGGUCAACGCUUUGAUGGUCAUGUAUUAGCACUCACGAAUAUUAACAGGGGCGAAGCUGGAGACUACAGAUGUGAAGCUAGUAAUGACUGUGGGAAUGACUCAAAGACUACGACAAUUCAUGUUAAGUGUAAGUACAGUUUCUUGCUCAGCUGUCACAGUGGUUUGCACUAGUAUACGUGACACGUACAGCUCAACAGUUUAUGCUCAACAAACAGUGUGUUACAGACCUGACUUGAUUUUGGUCCAGUGCAUGAGCAUUAACAUAACAACUGCUUACCAUUACAGUACCUAAAAAACCUUUUUUCACGUUUUAUUAAAGUUUGUUUUAAAAACAAGUGCCUAUUUUACUUGUUUACCAAAUCACCUUUAAAAGCAUUUAAAAACAAUUUUAAAGGCGAUUUUGUAUUGCUGCCAUGCGGAGAACUGUGACUGAUUUCCGCGCUUUGUGUAGAACCAUUUGUUUUCGUUUCGCACCAGGAUAAGAAAAGGAACGUACAGUCAACUCUCUCUAAGAUUGGGACUGGCAAUGUGUGUGUGUCUGUCUUAGGGAAAUGUCCAUCUAAGAGAAGUUAAGACACAGAAUAGGGGCCAACUCGAGGUGUCUGUUUUAGUAAGGUGUCCAUUUUAUAGAGGUGUCAUUUAACAGAGUUGACUAUUGUCAUGUACUGACGUGAGAUCCGAGAACGCACUCGGACAACAUAGCGGCUGACUACAAACACGUUUUAUUGAAUCUAUGCGUGUGUAUUUAAUUACUAUAAUUAUAUGGUAAACGCACAUGCGACCAUAACAAUUCCUCCACACAAAAAUGAUCCAUCCCUAGUUUGUAACUGAGCCUAAGAUACAAUCAUAAGGAAACAACUAAAUCGACUAACAGUGUCCGGUAACGUACAGUUUCUAAGAAAAACAGAAAACAAGGUAAAAAACAGAAAAACAGUUCAGAGAUCGAGUCUCUGUGGUGCCCUGCACACUCUGUGAGGAUACCGCCCCUCAUGGACCAUAGGACUGACUGGAGUCGCUUCAGGAGGGUCGGGAACUAUGGGUGUGGGAACAGAAACGAUCUCCGGUUGAUCUGUCAUGGGAAUCGCUGGAACUGUACCAACCACGUUAGGUGGCGCACUCAGUUGGAUUGGCGCUGGUGGUGUGCUGGCUGCUUCCGGUUGGCUGACCUCAACAGUGUCGGUGUCAGUGACCUCAACUGCGUGCUCAACUGCUGUUGGCUUCAACUGGUUGAUAUGUCGAUGCCAAAUAAUCCCUGGUGCCGCCUGCACCUCGUACAUCAGUGGACCUGUCUUGACAAUCAGUCUUGAACGCCACUUCAGAUCCCCUUAUCUUGUGACAUCAUCGAGUCACCAACCUCUAACUGACGACGCUGACUGCCCUUCUCAUUCGCGGCCCUGAUGCUCUGCUGGUGCUUUUGGUUAACUGUCUUACGGUUCAAGUUGGGUUUCAUCAAAUCUAGACAAGUGCGCUACAGUCUUCCAAGGAGUAACUGUGCUGGACUCACACUGGUAGUGGAGUAAGGAGUGUUCCUAUGAGCUAUGAAAAACUUUGCCAACUUCUCCUUCACUGGCUUAGAGUUUUGAUACAUGGGACGUAAUGCCUGCUUGAAGGUUUGUACUGCCCUCUCCGCUAGACCAUUUGUAGUGGGAUGGUAUGGUACUGAUGUUAUAUGGCGGAUGCCAUUGGACCUGACGAACGCCUGGAACUCCUCAGAAACAAAUUGUGCACUAUUGUCGCUAAUCAUCUGUUCAGGAAUUCCAAAUCUGGCGAACAAAUCACUUCGAUGGUCGAACUUGAAGUGGUGGAACUAACCGAAAUCACCUCCGGCCACUUGCUGUGUGCAUCGACAACCACUAAUCUAUCCUGUAAUCGAAACCAGCCAAGAACAAUGCAUAUCGCUGGAGUCUCGCAGCGGUCAUGGCAGGAACUCGCUUUUCUGGGUGGAAAAUGGCGGUGAGGGGCUUGUGGUCUGUGAUGAGCGUAAAUCGCCUCCCAUAGAGGUAUACAUGGAACUGUUUCACACCCCACACAAUGGGCAAUGCCUCCGACACAACAAUCUCACGACACAACAAUCUACGAGCAUGCCAAAAUAUCUGACCUAAAUAGCUGAAGAAACACUAUGUACCAAUCAAUUAAUAAACUAAAUGUCUGGUCUAAAGAGAGUACCGUCGCCUUCAAAAACGACAAAACCAAGGUUAUGAUCCUUUCCACCCCGCAAAUGUCCAGAGUACAUCACCUUGACGAGUAUGAUCCCAAAAUCGCAGUCAGUGGUUAUAGACUAGAACGUAUUAAAUCUUGCAAACUGCUUGGAGUUCAUAUCAAUGAACAUCUUCAGUGGGACGAUCACAUCAAGCACACAGUAUCAGGAUGCUACGCCACUCUAUCAAUACGAGACUAAUACGUGACUAAGAAAACUGAAAUAUCUCGCCAAAUAUGAGCUUAGAAAGCAACUGGCAAAUACAUUGAUUUUGUCAAAACUAGAUUAUUUCGAUCUGAUUCUUUACCCUCUAGCACAAUUCUUACUUCUCCGUUUGCAACGCGUUCAAUUUGCUGCCGCAAGUUUUUCGUACUCGGUCACUAUGUUCAUAACUUUCGGGAUGUACUUAAAAUCGGAUGGCUUCCAAUCAAUGAGAGAAGAGAUUUGAACCUCCUGAAAUCAUGCUUUAAAGCUUUGCAUAACACUAAGACUUGGCCAGAAUAUGUUAUAGCCCACCCGUACACACACUACAUUUACGCCGGUGUCAAAUGUCAUAAUAGAUCUUGCACAACUUGACUAGCCUUUCAGCAACCUCGUCCUCAGGGCUUUUCCCUUAAAAAAUGGGUGUAAGCCAUCCGUAUGAGUAUGAUUAGAUUGACAGCUGUCAAAAUCAGGCAUCCGCUGACAACUAUCACAUGUCCAUCUCGCGGGCUUAGAUGAAAGACCAGUGGUUUUGCCCCUGCAUAUAAGCUGAUAUAAUAUGUCACACUUACCAAUUCAACAUAAAACGAAACUACGCCGGGCAAGGCUGUCAGUUGGCUGACAGUCGUUUAAAGUUAUAUUGGCAAGCCAGUCAAUUGACAGCUGUCAAAUUAGGACAUGUGCAGACCACUGUCAGAAAACUAAUAACGUGGGCUCAGGUUCUCUCAGGUACACGAUCUGGCAUUUUCCACUGCAAGCCGGACGGAUAUGUCGUACUCACACUCGUAGUCUGUUAAUUCGAAUAUACGCCAUUCUAAUGAAGGUUAAUUGACAGCUGUCAAACUAGAGCAUAAGCUGACCAUUAUCUCCUGAGUGUAUCGCGGGCUCAUUUUUCUAUCCAUUGAGUUCACGUAGUGUUUAAAAUUUUGGGCUGAUAUUUUAUUUGAUCACGGGUUCAAUUGGAAGCGCCAUAGCUUAGAAAAUCUAUCCAUCCUAGAAAAUUAGGCAAUCACGUGACCGUACACCAACCACCCCACCUUCCGUCUGCACCACAGGUAUACCAAUGGUUUAUCUCACACUUUCUAGCUAGUUUGGGAGCCUCCAACCUGAUAUUGUACAUCCAAGUUUUGAUUAACUUACAGCUGUCAAAAUAGUGUUUCUGCUGACUAGUAUCGCCUGACCGUAUCGCAGGCUCAGGUAUCGACCCACUGAGUUCGAGUGUUUUUUGAAGGUAUCCGCUCACAAGUUGCUACUUUUCAAAUGAUCGCAGGCUCAAGUUUAAUUUUUUAAAAAUGCAUAUGAAAUAGGGUGGGGUUCAUGAGCCGCAUUUUUAAAAUUUUGAUUUCAAACUGACUUCGGACGCGAAAAUUCAACCGGCUUUUACAUGCAGGUUAGGCAAUCUCUUUUGUCUUUUCUCACUGUCUCGCGUUUAUCACGCUCUACGUCCAACUUUUAUGUUCUGAUUGGUCAAAAUUUGACAGGUGAGUUCAUGCGGAAAAUUUAAGCACCGUAGCUCACACAGUUUUGUAUCAUCUUGUGAUGUUUUAAACUGUCUUUUUCUACUUGGUGUACAAAAUGAAAUACAGCUGCCAUCAAGAUUGUUCUGUAAUUCAUGGCGGGUUUGUUUAGUGCGCUUUAUGUUGACAAAUGCACCGCUUGUCGAAGUCAUUGGAAAUCCGAUUUCGGAUGGCAUCGUUUUCAAGAAUGAGCUUACUCACUUGCCCUUGCUUGAGACGCAAGAGUGUUGAAAAGUCUCCAGCGAUUCUGGAACACUUGAUGACCUUCAGAAGCAGCAUCUCGACUUGUAAGCCUGAGCAAUUAUUGUCUUUGAUGUAUUUUUUUCGGUUUCCUGAAGUCGAGCAUAUGGUUUAUGCGGCUUAAGUUUAUACACGAGCAAUGAUCUAAUCUACAAUAGUACCAGGUUUAAAAAGCCUUUAGACAUUUUUUGACCGCAAGUUCAAAGAAAAGGUUCCGAAGAUUAUUUAGUUAUGAUUUUGGCUGCAAACAGAAGGCUCUGAGCGAUUUUCUUGCCUCGAGUUCAUCUUGAAAAAGAGCAAACACCGGGAAGCCGGCUUAAAGCAUAAAUAAGCUUAUGCUUACCUGACUCAUGAUUUUCAGAGACACUUUACUCUCAAUACUUCGCUUCGUGAGUGAAAAUUAUUGUCUCUGUACACGUUUCACCGAAUUAUAUUUAUUUUAUUGAUUUUUAGGUGUCCCUCCCGCAAUUUUUAUCGCUGCACCGGUUGUUUCCUGAGUCGAACAUAAGCAUCGCAUGCUGGAAUACUCAAAACGCGGCGCGUAAAUAUCACUCGCUUUUAAAGAUUACACAUAACAAAACCAUACACAGUUUAAGAAAUAAAGGGAAAUAAAACCUAAACAUAACAAUUUCUCUAUCAUGUUGAAGCGUAAAUGGUAACUCUAUGUUCGCACUGCAAAUUUGGUGCCUGUCAAAAGUGAGAACCCGUCCGGUUGGCCGAAAAGGUGAUUUUGGGAAUUUUUUUAUCGUUUUCACUAAAAGCCCAUAAUUAUUACCCUGCAUAUCACAUAGGACCAGAUUUUUCUAACGGAAACGGAAUUCUUUUCAUGAAAACGUUUUAUAAUUCAAUGCUAUAAUUUUUUGUGCAAAGGAAGGGCGUGCUUUGAUCGUCGUGGAUAUUGAAUGAGUGCAAAUUGUAUUGCAAAAUUGUGAAAAACUGCAGAAUUAUAGGUUUAAAUAGGGCAAAAAAAGAACAAAUUCUGUCCGAGGUCUGUAUGAUAAAAAAGGGCCUCAUAGUACCGUUUACCUGAGACGUGAUGAGAAAAAGUGUGUUUAAAAGGCUGGUUUACACGCCACCAGAUUCGUCGCCAAGAUGUACUUGUAAACUAAACUUGCCGAACACAAAAAAUCCGGUCUGAUUCUUUAUUUUGGCCUCCCUUUUAGACAGAGGAAUGCAACGUGUAAAUUGGCUGCCACCAAUGACUAUCGUGGCUCGUGUGUUUCUUAAAUUAUAUUUCGGGGUUGUCCAAUUAUCCAUAGUCUCGCUAACUUAGCAAUGUUGGAGGGACUGGUUAAUUGACAUUAUGAUGCAACAACUAAUUCAAAUACAAUACACGAAUAGGUCUAUUUGUUUUCCAGGCCUAAUCUACUGUGAUCGAACAUGAUUGCUAUUUUUGGGUGUACAAAUAAGACUAUCAACUCGAUGUAAACUUUGUUUCACUCUUAGACUGUCAAAUUAUUUUUCUCUAAAAUCACUUAGCCUUAAUUUGCCUCAAAAGUCACAUGAAUGUGCCCUCAUCUGUGGAUUACAAGUUUAUUGUUUGAUUUAAAUUAUGAAUUUAUUAACGGGAGCUUCGCUUUUAGCCCUGGCUAAAUCUAUAUAUUAAUAAUAAAACAGGAACGCCCCAAGGAACUGCGUUCAAGCAAUUGAAUUAGAUUAGUAGUCCCGACUGAAAACCAGAAACUAUUAGAAACUGUAAAGAUUACAGAACCUUUUUAAGACUUUCAAGGAAUUUUUUAAGAAACAGAAUACAGAGCGAUUAGUCACUGUAAUUGGAUUCUGUUAAUCCUGCCUCUACUGCACAAUUUGUAAAUAACUUAAUUCGAUUUAUUUUGUAAUUGUAAUUAAUGUAAUUUAACAGGGAAGAGCCACCCAGUGGAUCUGUUAAUAAAUCAUUAUUAUUAUUAUUGUUAUUAUUAUUAUUACUGUUAUUAUUAUUAUUAUUAUUAUUAUAACAACCAUGUCAUCGAGGAUACACUGGGUGCCUGGUCUUCCCUGUAAUACCUGGUCUAUGGCACUUUGCCAAAUUGCUAGACACGAAGAAAUGCCAAAAACUAAGCGAUUGUAUUGGAAGAGGCCCUUGUGUGUAUUGAUCGUGAGGAAUGUCUUGGAUUCCUCUGUUACUUCCAUCUGGUGAUAAGCUUGGCGCAGGUCAAGUUUGCUAAAAUGCUUACCCCCAGCCAAAUUCCCCAAAAUAUCCUAUAUGUGUGGCAGAGGAUACUGUUCUGCAAGAAGUACUGGAUUGACUGAAACCUUGAAGUCACCACACACACGCACUGAUCCGUUUCGCUUAACGACUGUGACAAUCGGAGUAGCCCAUUCACUGUACUCUACCUUAGAAAGAAUACCAUCCUUCUCUAAACGUGUCAAUUCUGCUUCUACCUUGGGGUGGAGUGCAUAUGAAACUUGACGUGGCUUAUGAAAGCUAGGAAACGGACAACUUUUAUGAUCAUGAUUUCCCAAACAGCGGUAGCAACUUUGAUCACCCGGCUCUUUAGGGGAUAGGGAACCCCUUUUUCUCUGAAGGCUUAACUUCAUUCUUAGAUUUAGGCUCCUUUCUUGGCCUUGACUUGGCUAACAAAUCGACUGGGUUUGACUCUUUACUGCCCCCGGGAGAGCUUCAACAUCCUUGUAAGAUUGCUCAAUAGCGAUGCACUUCACUACAGCAAUACAAAUGUUUGAGUUUCAAGAGCUCUGACAUCAUUCUGUUACAUGUAUUUCCAAUACGCAAAACCUUUCCAGACGCAUGGCAUCAUUAAACUUGCAAUCCGUGGCUAGAUGCUUUAGAACAGCAACAUACUGACUCACCGUUACUCCUGCGUCACGCGCUCGGUUGUCAAACUCAUACCUGGUGACUAAGGCAGUUUUCUGGGGCUUCAAUUGCUUUUGGAGAUGCUCUACGAUCGUGUCGUGAGAGAAUCUUCUCUUAACAAUGUCGUGGCCAUCAAGUCUUUCGCCAAUUGGUACGUUUCAGUGGGAAGAUUAGUUAACAGGACGGUUUUCUUCUGUUUUGAGUCGGUCACUCUACUGGCCACGAAGAAGAAUUCUAGCUGUUCUGCGUACGCUUCGAAGUCAGCUCCCACUGUGAACUUGUGAACGUUCCUGAUUUUACGAACCGAAUUUGGUGCCGUAUCAGACUCGUUUGGCAUCUUGAAACGUCGUGUGGGUCUUGUUUAGGAAUGUCCUCACUUUUUCGCAGUAGAAUAUCCCUUAAGAUCCCAUCCUCGUCGCCAAAAUUGUCAUGUACUGCCAAGAGAUCCGAGAACGCACCUGGACAACAUGGCGGUUCAUGACUACAAACACGUUUUAUUGAAUCUAUGCGUGUGUAUGUAAUUACUAUAUAUGGUAAAACGCACAGGGAGACCAUAACAACUAUAAUACCAUUAAUCCCUUCAGAUUGAAAAGUUUAGUUUGUCGAGCUUUUUGUUUCAGUUUCCCUCAGAUGCAUGUAUGUAGACAUGACAAGUCAUUUUACUUUUAGUUAUACCGGGUUUUGGACCCACCUACAACUGUAGAUAUAAUACCCUAAAAUUCCAAAAAAUAAGCCCCAGGGCUUAUAUUUUUCAAAAGCCCUUCUUGAGGGGCUUAUUUUUGGAAGGGCUUAUUUACGUAGGGAAAUUUGCGUUUUAAAAUCGAUUGGGCUCGCUUAUAGUUGCAAGGAAAUUUAUCUCAGUUAUUAGCAGAUAUUUUAACUGAAACUCGCCUUGAGGACGUAAUUCAAUUCAAUUCAGUUCUUUAUUCACACUAUAUAAGAUAUUUACAUAAGUGUACAUAGUAGGAAAAUAAAGUAGCUAUAAAUAAUAAUUAACUAAAAGAUAUUAAGUUCAUUUGUGUACGGUGUCCAAAGUAGCGAGAGCUUUCUUGUUGGACACCGUCAUAUUGGAAUAAUUGGCAGCAGUAAAGAGAGGAAUAAAAUCUGAAAUAAUAUCAGUGAUAGAACAUAUAAGCAAGGUCAGAUUUGGUUGGUUAGAAGACAGGACUUCCAUUCUUUCUUAAACUUAUGAUAGUACACGUAGAUCUUACUAAAACUCAGCCAUGCGAGUGCAUUGUCUAUAUGGAAUAAGGAAAUACAGGACAAGAGUAAAGAGUGAACUACGCAAACAGCAAUAUACUGUGACCCUUUUUGGCCGCAAUCAUUUAGCACACUUAAUAGUUCUACAGCUGUAUGAGAAAUGCAAUUAUUAUUGUUUUAAUGUACAGUUUUUGCUUUCUUGUAUUUUUUUGUAUUUCCAGGUACGAGCCCCUUGGGGCUUUUAUCUGGAGGGGCGAUUUAAAGGAGGGUUUUUUGCGUUAACGAGUUUUUUUUUUUUGGGGGGCUUAUACUUGGAGGGGCUUAUUUUACGGAAUUUUACGGUACUAUUGUAUCGACUAAUGUUAUGUUUGUAUCCUUCAGUUAAACCAACUGUGACAUUCAAACGAUGUCCCACUCCAGUUACUGAGGGUGAUAAUGCAACGAUUUAUUGCAACGCUACUGGUUACCCUGUGCCCAAUGUUGCAUGGAUCAAUGCGAGUUCAGGAAAUAUUGAGUCGCCUACCAAGACUCUUGUGAUAACAGCUAUAACAAGGAGUGAAAGGGGCAGCUAUAUAUGUCAUGCAUCAAAUGAGAUCGGAAAUAGCACACAGACCUGUGAAAUUGAUGUGUACUGUAAGUUGCAUUUAUUAUUAAAUAGAAGAUUUUAUUGAUAUAACAAAUAUGAACUCAAGGGCUUUGAGAACUACAUGUAGCUGGCUACAAAUUUCAUUCAGCAAAUGGAGCUUUCUCUUGGUGUUUAAUGCUUCUUUGCUAAAAGACUAACUGUAGAUUGGUUAUACUUUUAUAAUCCUUUGCCAAGAAUAUAUCUAAAUAUCUAUCUCUAACCCACCAUAUGGCCAGUACGUUUUGGGUUGAUGUUUGACCCACUACCCAUAUUCCCAUUUUUGGUGUUGUUAUUCUAUUCUACAGGGUACAAUACCCAAUCUUUAAGGUUCUCCCUAGCAAUACAGUCUAAAUUUGAAAAUCCAGUGGAAGGUAACUCCUGCCCACAGCUUGCAGUCUGGUUUACUGUGCAGGUUUUGUAGCCUUAAGUCCGCUAUUAUGUACAUUAUAAACAACAUAUUGGGACCUAUAUGCAUUUCAAAGUCUGUCUCUUUAGAUAUGUAGAACAAAAGCACAAUUUAAUCUUGGUUUGACAAUUAUUGUCAGAGAGGUCAAGCAAAUGAUAACUCAAAAUGAAAUGGGACAAAUUAUAGUGUUGUUUACUCGAACAAAGCUUGUGAAGAGAAAAAAACUGUUUUUUUUUCUAGACAACUGUGUAACACUUGUCUUGCGAUAAAACUUUUAGAACAUGUCAGAGAUGUCCUUGUAUUUUCUUUUGUAUGAAACUCGUUGUUGUUUAUUGUAAUAUUUUAGGAUAAGCGUAAGGCAAUUUGGUCGAAAGAUAAAAACUGAUACCCUAAAUAAAAAUACGUUCAACUCUCUCGUAAGGGACCAACCCUAGUGCAUGGCCAAGUGGCAAAUUGGGCUUUUAUUAACAAUUGAUUUGUUUUAUAAUCAUGUGAAAACCCUUCGAUAAGGUCUGCUCAUUAAGCUCUCUUUUCUCCUUCACAUGAAAUGUACAAGUAUCACUUAAAACACUUCCCUUUGUCAAUGCGUGAAAGAAAGGCUCAGUUCAUAUGUCGUGCUUCUGCCGUGCCGAACUCAACUCUUUUUUGAAAUAGUAGCAAAGAACAAACAAACAAAAUAGGUUAGUAAAUAACACACACACACACUAUACACUGUGUGGAGAAAACGACGGAUAUGGUCAACUUUCAAAGUCUGUAAUCAAUAUAUGUCGUUUUAGUUAGCGUGGGAAGGAGAAGUUUGGGAGAUCUUUCAAAUGAUAGGGGAGAACUUUCACAUUUCCGGAAACACAUUGUCAUAAUUUAUGAAUUUAGUUCGAGAUAUUUGAAUUACUGCCAUCCAGAGUCGUGUAGCACGGCAGACCUUGUCGAAUUUAAUUGUUCUACCGAACCAAACUUAAAAUGUUUACUCAGAAGUCGUGUUUCUGCCAUGCCUUUGGCGAAAGUUCGGCACUGUAGAAGCACGAGUUAUGAAGUGGACCUAACUUCUUUACCGAUAACAUAUAACCUGACUGUUGACAAUUUAAGAGGCUAGGUCAAGCGUUAGUCAGUAUAAUCCUCUCGCGCACUCCAAAAAGUAAAGAAAAGAAAAAGGAAAUGAUCUUUGCAACAUCGAGAAACACCUCCAAAAGCCAAAAGAGCGCGUGAGUGGAAGAGAUUGGCAAAGAAAGAAUUGUUUCAUUCCUCGCCACUUGUGUCCAUGACUCCACCAUUUGUGCAUUACAUGUAUUGCAUUUGGGUAAACAUAAAAGACGUCGAACUUUAUGAAAGUGUGAAUCACAGUAAUGAAAAAUUAUCUUUUAUCUUGUCUGCCUAUUUGUAGUUUUCAGCUUGUAAUUAACUAAACCAACAGGGAAAAUCUACUUAAAACUAUUACCUAACUCCCAAGUACCAAAAUAAGAAACUACUUGUACUGUGUGUCAACAUCACGAAGCUCUUCUCGUGGACAAGAAGAAGAAAGGAACGGAGUGAAAAAAUGGAACAACCACCCCCGCCCCUCCCUUAACUUUCUUUUUUUUUUAAUUUUGUACUGAGCUGUCCAUUUCACUCAGCCAUUUUACUUCAUUUGGCUGCUUGAGGAUCAGCGAUUGAUUGAGUUAUGCUUAUUACUUCUCACUAACUGCAACUGUUGCUUAUGUUCCCUCAUUUUUUGAAGUAUCUGUUUUAUUUCAAUUUUUCUUUGUUGCUUUUUUAUUAUUCCAACAAAGAAGUGUAGGCUGGGUCUUUUACGUUUCCAUUUAUUCUUUCUAAAUUUUAAUUGAUGAAAUUUAAAAUGACAUAACAAUAAGAGUGAUAAUUAUAAUCAUUUAAGUUAAUAAUAAUAAUAAGAAGAAGAAGAAGAAGAAGAAGAAGAGGAAGGAGAAGAAUAAUUACGAUAAAAAAUAAUAAUUAUCUUACUUUGAAGAAAAAAGGGUACUAUAUAAGAAUAAGAAUUAAUUGAAUGUAAGUCACUUUUUUCAUGUAAAUCGUAUUUAACAAUGUUCAAUACUAUACAGAUGUACACGAAACGAACGGAAGGAAAAGGGCAGGGAGUCCCUAAAAUUUUAUUUACGACACACGUGACUCGUUUUCCUCAGACUCUUUAAUAAGGUCCGACAGUUAAGGUAGUGUUGAAGAAGAUCUACUGCGUCACCAGUUAUAGAAAAGGCGACCUACCAAAAAUGAGUAACAUUUGACAGACCUGAGUCGUAUAAGUAUUUGUCGCGAACCAUGGUGCUGAAUCUAUCUAGUAGUUGUUUCGCCUUAAACCUAAAGGAGUUCUCGCCUUAAAUUUGACAACAAUUCCUUUAAAGAUAGCUUUCGUAUUACACUGUCGGAUUCUUGUAAGUGUAUACCUUCGAUUCCCAAAUCUUUCAUAACUGAUGUCGUUGAAAGAUCGAUAUCCGGGAUCCAGCGGUGCCUUUAUGACUUGAUGUUUUGAAAGGAAUGGUGGUCCAUAGUUCUUUCUCAUCAGGACGAGUAAUAGUUUUGUUCACUGGCGAUGGAAUUUUUUACCAGGUGGACCUGUUUCAGGGUCAGAAAUUUCACCCGGAAAGGCGGCAAGGCUUCUAGUGUUACCUCCCUUGGGCAUGUGUGUAGUUCGAAUUUUUCACCAAAGAAGGUCUUUUUAUACUGCGCUUUACAUGUAAAGUAAAUGUGUCGUGCUUACUUUAAGAAAAGUACUUUUCCGUGCUGUGGAGAUGUAAACGAGUCUUAGUGUCAUUCUGCACAAAACGCUAAGAAAACAGGUAGCUGUCUGUUGCUUCUUCUGAUGUCAAGUCCUAAAGUUAUUAGAGCCCUGGAUCUUUUUCAUGCUAUCAGGUAUGAGUCAAUGAUUUAAGCCAUUACAUUUUUUACACUUGAGUUUCACAGUAAUUACCGGUCUUUUACUACUGCUCGUGAAAAUAACGCUCGGGUAAAAUUCUGAAAAUUUUUCUUUUGCACGAUUGGUCUCCUUGUGUCAUCUACAUUUGUGCAUUUUUAAUGUUGGGAAACCUGUUUUUUAACUUUCCGAGGAGGACGUUAUAAUGCUUGUUGACUGCACUGUUUCUGGCCUUAGAAUACUUUCACCUGGUGAAAAGUGUAACUGCAUAUCUGUCCAAUAAGAAAAUUAACCCGUAACCAACUAACACAAUGAAUUUCUGAGUCUAAUCCUCACUAUCUCAUCACUAUUUAACCGGUGCUUUAUUCAGUAAAUCAUUAAAAAUUAUGACUUAAGAUGACCACAAGCUCGAUAUACACGCCAUCUUAGCACGAUAUUUUAACUCUAGCUUAAUCAUUUUCUUCACGUCAGGAAAAAGUACUUUUCUGAAAUCACCUGUCUUUGAUUCUUUUCACCAUUUUCACCGCGUCGAAUUCCUUUGUUUAAUGACAUUGAUUUGCAUUGUAGAUCGGCCCUCAUCAUCAGCAAUAACAACUAUUCCAAGUAACAACACAGUGCUGCGUGGAUCUAAUGUGUCAUUUACCUGCACUACAGACGCUAAUCCUCCUGCCAAUACGUAUCACUUUUACUUUAAAGGAAGUUUGAUAGAGAGCAAUUCUUCAGAUGUGUUCAAUCGCACUGUUGAAGACGAUGGAUUGUUCACUUGUGUUCCUAUCAACACAGUCGGCACAGGAGACAAUGCUACCGUCAAAGUCACAGUUGUUGGUGAGUCAGUAAACAGACCACACAUGCAUUGAUUCAUUCAUCAGUUUACAUUAUACCUUAGCUGUUAGGGCAGCUUUGUUGUCACGUCACGUUUUAAACAUCUUUUGUUCAGUGUAUUGCCGUUGCUAAGCUAAUUUAAAACUAUUUGCAGAUGCUCCGGUGGUAGAAAUCAAUGGAACACCAGCCACUGUGGUGGAGGGGGAGAGUAUAACGUUGUACUGUAAUGCAACUGGUAAACCUGACCCCACCCUUAUAUGGACGAAAGUUGGCAAUCCGAGACCUCUUUCUAACAAUGCAGUACUCAGUACUGGGAUCCUAAACAGAAACGAUACCAUCAAUAACAUAAUCCAGUAUCAGUGUACAGCGAGUAAUGGAGUGGAGAGUCCUGCUACAGCUAUUGCAAAUAUUACUGUUAACUGUAAGUAUGGGCUACAUUCGCUUAAGUUGUCAGUUACAGCAUCUACCGUGCUAUUAUAUUACGUUUGACCAAAACAUGAUGGACAUCUUUGCUUGCUUACAGUUAAAUAUGACUAUACUGUCCACUCAGUACCCACAAAUAGUGGAUUCCUCGAUCAGUCUCGCACAGCUAACCUCAACAAACUAACUGUUAUAAAUAGAAACGCUUGGAAUAGUAAGUCAGGUUACUUAUAAUGAAAUCGGACAUUGCUGGUCCUCGUUUUAUUGUAUCUCUCUUUUAUUGUUUUUAUUAUGACCACUGUGGUCCGUGUAUACCUACUUGUUACUAUUUCUGGGUUUCAAUUUUUUACAAGAUCAAAAUACAAUUUGAAUCUUACGACCCUGGUGUAUGUUUUGAAAUGAUACAUUUUUUAUUAUUUUGUUUGCUUUGUAUGUUCCUUUAACUGUAGACGGACCCUCCUCUUCAGCAAUAACAACUAUUCCAAGUAACACCACAGUGCUGCGUGGAUCUAACGUGUCAUUUACCUGCACUACAGACGCUAAUCCUCCUGCCAAUAUGUACCACUUUUACUUUAAAGGAAGUUUGUUAGAGAGCAGUUCUUCAGGUGUGUUCAAUCGCACUGUUGAGGACGAUGGAUUGUUCACUUGUGUUCCUAUCAACACAGUCGGCACAGGAGACAAUGCUACCGUCAACGUCACUGUUGUUGGUGAGUCAGUAAACAGGCCGCACAUGCAUUGAUUCAUUCAGUGGUUUACAUUGUACUUUAGGUUCUAGUCAAUUGUGUUAGAGAGCUUUGUUGUCACGUCACGUUUUGAACAUAUUUUGUUCAGUACAUUGUCCUUGCUAAGCUAAUUCAAUGACUAUUUGCAGAUGCGCCGCUGGUAGAAAUCAAUAAAACAGCAGACACUGUGGUGGAGGGAAAGAGUAUAACAUUAUAUUGUAAUGCAACUGGUAAACCUGACCCCACCCUUACAUGGACGAAAGUUGGCAAUGCGGGACCUCUUUCUAACAAUGCAGUACUCAAUACUGGGAUUCUAAACAGAAACGAUACCACUAAUAACAUAAUCCAGUAUCAGUGUACAGCCAGCAAUGGAGUGGAGAGUCCUGCUAAAGCUGUGGCAAAUAUAACUGUUCACUGUAAGUUUCAUUGCAUAGAGAAAUAGUAACAUAGUCUCCAAACUAUAGGGCAAAAUGAUGAACUUGCUUUUUAGACUAAAACAAAGAAAUUGUAAAGCAAUUUCAGAAAUCCAAUUUUUCCAACUGUACUGUGGCCGGUUUCUCGAAAAAUCAUCUUUGUUAAUUUGUUACUGACUUCGGGCUGCAUGCUUUCCUAAUCCACUAAACAGUUAAUUUUUGAAAGCAAACAUUGGAAACAUACAACUGCUUUCAACACCCUACAAUUACCAGGACCUUCGAAAAAUGCGUACUGAUCUGUGAAAUAAAUCUUACCUUCGAACUGUGGUCUGUCGUGGCUAUCCAAACCCAUCACCCUGAGAACCUGAUUUAGAGAGGUAAUGUUAUGCAAGCUGUUUAUAUGUUUGUUCCCUCGACAUAAAUGAGCGGCCAAAGCGUCAGAGGACACCUGUCGCAUAUAUUUCCAAUCAAGUUUUUUACUCUGAACACCGUUUAACCCUGCUGGAUUGAAUCGGCUCUUUUGACCUUUCUGAAUCUUGUUUUUCCUGUAAAGUACAAAUCGCAAUCAAGGUAUUAUUCCGGUGAUGAAGCGUUCAAGAGAAUAAGACCUCACAGAACGUGGGUGCGCAUUAGAUAAAAAGUUAACGUCAAAUUCUAAAUACAACUGCUUCUCACCUUUUUGCCUCCAUAUGCGGAACCACUGUUGCACUUGUUGUCAUAGUCAGUCACAGUAUUUUCUUGGAUCUUUUAGAGAUUGCUAUUUGUUCAGCUCCUUUUUUAAGGUACUUGCAUUUUCUUUUCUCAGUCGCCUACGUCACUGAGUGUAAAAACAUUACUGACAACAUAACGCGUGUGCUUGCCCUAUAUAAGUCGCAUUGAGCCGCUAUAAACAAAAUCUUUAUUUACGCACGCCCGUGCGUAAAUAAAGAUCUUUUUCAUGAUGACGUGUUCAGCUGUGUUUUUCACCUCUUCAUCCUAAGUGCUUAGUACCCAAAAAUCGACGGCAAUGAUGAAAAACUUUCUAGGAUUUUGGGAAUUUAGCUUCUAGCUUAGAGCCUGAAUAGUUGAAAAGUGUGCCGUAAAAACUGACAAUCAGCUGGAAAAAGACCACAAAUUGGUCUGUGUCAGGAAAUAUCCAAUUUAUAUAAAGUGUUUUUAACGUUUGUUUAUCCUUUACAAAACAAGUUAAUUAUAAAAUAAGCUCAAUAGCGAAAAAUUAUGCACUUUUGUUAUUGCCGAACAAUCCGACUGAAGCAGGAAAAUUAAAUUACUCUAGCAAUAACAAUACAAAUUACACCGCAAGAAGACACACAUUUAUUACUCACAAAGACAACCUGCUGCCAGGUCUUCUCAAGAAUCCGUGAUGACCAGCCAUUGUUCGUAAAUGAAUAUAAAGUAGGAUGACAGUCGUCUUCGCUAAAAAACAAGUUGUCUGCAUUUCGCCGAGCAAAAUAUAACGGCAUCUUCUCAGCGAAUCCAAACCAUACCCCUCCUCUUAGUAUUUUAACUUUAAGUGGACUUUUACCUUAGUCUCUGCUUCGUUUUCAUUGAUCGUUAACGAAUAAAUAAGCAAGUUUUUUUUCUCAGUUUUAGAGAAAGAAUUUUCUUUCAAACGACGAUUGUGGCGUGUUUGUAACCAGCCAAAAGGAGCGUUUGUUUUUCUGUGUCGCGCGUUACGAGAAUUUUGCAGUUAAUUAAAAAGCAAAUAUUUUUGUCAGCUAUGUUAUAAAAGAAAUUGCUCAUGCUUUUAGCUGGGCGUAUAUCGAGUUAUGGAUGCACGCGGGAAGUUUGGAGAGCACUCAAGUAGCGAGAGUUGCUCUCGGCUGCGCUUCGAGCUACUCUUACGCAUCUUUCGUGCUCUCCAAACUUCCCGCCUGCAUCCAUAACUCGAUAUACGCACGCUAAGCAUGAAUAAAUUCUUAAAUUUCAGUUAUUGCACUUUGAGAAAACGCCCGCAUUGUAAUCCAUAAACAAAAUGGUUUGAACUGAGUGGUUCCUUGAUUUCCCUUUACAGGACUAACGUUCAGUGGGAGUGUAAGGUGUCGUUUCUUUUAGUUUAAGUUUACUCCAGGAUUAGUUCUCUUUUCUCGCGUUUAACUCUUAUCGCACUUGACUGCGGGUAUGCAAUCCAAGUGCCGUUUAUGAUUGGCAGGAUCAAACUAAUGUCCGCUAAGUCUUAACAGUGUUUCUCUGCCGAGCUAGACGACGGUGAAUAAGCAAUUAAUGAGGAUUUUCCUUGCAUAACUACAUGUUUUAGCGUGAGAAAUCACGCAAUGAUAAUAAUGAACUAAUAAUAUGAAUUAGAAAAGGAGGUGACUCUCAAUUACUGAUUGAUAAAUGGCGAAUGAUAAAUAACGUUGAUUGUACUCAGGUUUUUCUUGGCUGCUAGUAAAAUUAUAACAUGAACAUGUUCAUUUUCUUGGUAUAGAUCGCCCCUCAGCUUCAACAUUGACAACAAUGCCAACAAACACCACAGUGUUGCGCGGUUCUACUUUGUCACUUGACUGCAAUACAGAUGCUAAUCCUGCUGCGAAUAUGUUUUUCUUUUACUAUAAUGGCAAUCCUGUUGGAAAUAACCCCUCAGGUGUGUUAAAUCACCCUGUGCAGGACGAUGGUGUGUACAUGUGUGUUCCUAUCAACGACGUUGGUGCGGGGGACAAUGUUACUGUCAGCGUCGUUGUUGUUGGUAAGUAGAUUGCAGAUCAAAACACCGAAUAUGCAUUGAUUCAGUCAGUGUUUCACCUAUUGGGCCUUUUGGAUUUUGUUCCCUUCUAGUUAGGUAGCUUUGUUAAGUUUCUAUCAGCUUAAUCCCGUUAAUAUACUUGUUACUAAGCAACAGUUAUUAUUUUGCAGAUGCUCCGCUGGUAGAAAUCAAUAAAACAGCAGACAUUGUGAAGGAGGGGGAGAGUAUAACAUUACAUUGUAAUGCAACUGGUAAACCUGACCCCACCCUUACAUGGGCGAAAGUUGGCAGUUUAGAAGCUCUUUCUUACAAUGCAGUACUCAAUACUGGGAUUCUGAACAGAAACGAUACCAUUAAUAAUAUAAUCCAGUAUCAGUGCACAGCCAGUAAUGGAGUGGAGAGUCCUGCUAAAGCUGUGGCAAAUAUUUCUGUUCUUUGUAAGUUUUGUGUUUAAUGCUUUUUGAUGUUUGUAUAUAUCGAAGGUUUCAAAAUGGGGACCUUUUUGUGAUUUCCCUAUAAUUAAUGAAGUUAAAACAUCAAGUUUAAACUCAUCACGGCGUUGUAAUAGCAAGUUGUACAAAGGUCUUUUACCUCCUUCAAAAUGUUUACGGAUACAAUUUCAUCAAGUUUAUGACGGAACUGGUAUCUGUUAUCGAUCAAGCGUUAGUCAUGAUUACUGAUAUGAUUCUUGGAGAGGAUAUUUGUCGAUGUACCUAUUGGCAUUGAUAAUGAAAAUGUAGUAAUGACAAUAAUAAUAAUAAUGAUAAUAAUAAUAAUAAUAAUAUUAAUAAUAAUAAUAACAAUAACUGAAAAAUUCUUUGUUAAAAUCUUAUAAAAACUACACACAAAACUUCUGUAAAAUGUUCAUAAAAAUCAAACGUCAAAAUCAAUAUUACAUAAAUACAAAUUUCGGGCAAAACCCCAUCAAAAUUCAGAAUUCUAAGAUACUAAUUAAAAACUAAAUAUAUGUCCACGAUAGAAAACUAUUUACAAUAGUAAAUAAUUUAAGAGUGGGAAAAGGAAAAUCAAGCAUUACUAAGAAAAAAAGCUAUCAAAAAUCUAGGCCUAAAAUUAUGAGUGCAGAUGUAGACCAGCUACAGCGAAAGCGAAGUCUUCUGAGACCUCACGUGAUUUGAAUGGAUAUCCUCUGACGCAUCCGUGUACAGUUCUUAAUAUAGCAAAUGAGAGCUGUAUUCGAAGCCAGGAAAUAACGCUGGCGAAGGGUUCAUCGUUCUUAGUCGAAAGCUUAUUUGCGAGAGUUCUUAAAAAGUUCUGACAGUCGAGUGCCAUGCCCCCGUUUGUACCAAACAACAGUGGUGUAAAGGUUCCCAUCCCUACAUCCAUCACUCUCUGGUUGUAUUUCCUCUUCUUCGCGUUUUCUUGCUCUUUGAAGAUCGUAGCUGUGUACUUGCCAUGGUUGGACCGGGAGUUAACAUGCGUUACACGUACGUCAAAGAAUGCCGUUACGCCUGGUGUCCAAAAACCUCCUGCCUUCAUAUCCAGCUUCGCUUCUCGACUUGUAACAGUGGACUGAAGGUUGAACACUUCAUUGUCCAGUGGUUGCAGGAGUGGCUCUGUCUCCACAUUUCUGCACACUUUACUGAUGUGUGACGUCAGACGAUCUCGGAUUGUAUCAUGUCUCUGAGCUACAAAUAAUAAUAAUAAUAAUAAUACCCUCUGAUGAAAAUACCUCCUUCAAGGUUUCCGAAAAACUUUCUAAGUAUAAAGAUCUGGAAAUAGAAAUUACCAGAAUGUGGCAGAUGAAGAGUGAAAUAAUUCCAGUGGUUGUAGGUGCGUUAGGGGGGCGGGUGAACAAGAAAGGUUCAGAGGAGCUUGUCAGAGAAAUUCCAGGAAACGUCAACCUCUGGGAAAUUCAAAAGACAACAUUAGUGGGAACGGCACAUAUUCUACGGAAGGUCCUAUCCGUCAAUACUCUGCUACACAGCCAUUUUUAGUGUCGUCAGGCCACGCUCCUCCCCACAGGAGUGGAGGAGGGGAGGAGCGUUGCGUGACGACACUAAAUACGGCUGUGUAGCAGACUAGCUCGGCCCUUGGAGAAGAAAUAGGGUCUUAUGAACUGAAAACUUAUACAUGUAUUAACAAAAAUAAUUGAAGCUCCUCGAGCAGUGUCUUCGCUCAGGAGCUGGAAUAAUUGAAUGGUCGAAAGAAGAGCUCCGUCAAAUAGAUAGGAAAACACGUAAAUUGUUCACAAUUUAUUGAGCACUGGAUCCAUAGGUUGAUAUCGAAAGACUAUACCUUAGAAGAUCACUAAGGUGGAAGGGGACUGAUCGGCGCGGAAGAGUGUGUAAUGCUAGAGAUUAACAGCCCUGGGAAUUACAUCAGUAGAACUGGGGAAAUUGCACUACGUGCAGUAUAUCAAGAACAGAUUCUGAACGACAUUGGAAAAGAUAAGAAGGCACUUAAGUAAGAAAAAAAAAAGAGAUGGGGGGGUUAUUAACUGCUGCUCAGGACCGGGCACUGAGAAGUGACGAAUAGCAUUAAAUUCAGAGUUGAUAAACAAGAGCUGUCGCCUGCAUGUAGAAUGUGUAGAGAGAGAAAGGAAACGGUUGCACAUGUGGUGGCAGAAUGAUGAAGCUCGUGCAAAAACAUUACAGGAACUGUAGACACGACAAAGUUGCUUCAGUGAUAGACGCUAUAGUCCUCGAGAGAGGCAAAAUAUAGUAUGAUCAUACACCUAAGUUUGUUCUUGAGUCAGAGAACACAAAGAUCUUGUGGUACUUUAAAGUUCAAACAGAUUUGGAGAUGGAGGCAAACAAGCCUGACACUGUAGUGAUGGACAAGAAAGAAGGAAAAUGUCUCAUAAUUCGCCAACCUGUCAACACACGUGAUUUGUGGGACUCAACCAACAGUAGUAACGCUGAAACUUCGUCAUAUAAAUCAUUGGAGGUAUCCAAUUAUGUUUUACUUUAUUUAACUACGAAAUAUUUACAUCUAGUUCUGAAAAGUCGCGGACCAAGGACCUCCCGGUCAGAGCUUAACAUAAACUAUACUUACUUCGACUUAAAUUAGCUAAUUGCGAAUUAAGACGACAACAACAACAUAUAUAGUUACAAAGACAGCUUAGCCCGCAAAUAGCACAAGCUAAUCGAGGCGGGCUAAAAAGUGAAAAUUAACAAUGGUAGACUAAGAAAAGUAGUAAUGAAAACUUACGAUGAUAAUAACAUAAGGACGAUUUAUGAAUAGACGUCACGUGUGACGGACUUAAGACGAAAAGGAUGUCAUUUCAUCGCAAACGCAAUGAACAGUAUUAAUGAAGGACGAUGGCGAUGAGAAAAGAUAAGAUCAGUAUCUUUCGUGUCCUUGUUGAAUUUCAACUUACAUUUGUAUUACACAACAUCCGGGAGAUGUCAUAUCAAGAGAAGAAGCACUUUUAAAAGUAAUGCUGAGUUGCAUGUCGUCAGCGGAAAUUCUUACCACAAGACCGAGCAAUUACGUCACCCAGUGGAGAAGGAAGGAAAUUACUUUCAUUGAUGACUUCCCAGUUGGUACAGGUAGUAAUGCCAUGGAUUCUCGAGUCCUGCAAUACUGUUGCGGAAGAGAAUGAUACAUUUCCAGCACCUUUCAGGAAGUUUCUGUUUUCACCUUGGUGUUGGAAAUAUUUUUGAAUUGCUAUCGUGAUGAGGAGAUGUCCAACUAUUGUAAGAACAUUACUAGAGCGUAGUACGCAACGCAUAAUAUGUUUUAAAACUGAAAUUAUACUUGUCUUUACUUUUUAUACAGUAUGUAAAUAAUUAUGUCAUAUUAAUUUCGAUAAUUGCCUUUUUUAUUUCUUCGGGUUUUUCACCCAGAAUGCUUGUUAUACAGCAGUAUGUCAAAGAUAUGUUAGGAAAGUGUAGAAAUAGUCUAUGCUAAACAUUUUGUAUGUACUCAUAUCACGCUAAAAAAUGUCAAUGCUUCUGUGUAUCUUUAUACUUUUCUUCCUUCCUAAUAAAAGUAGAUGUCACAAGUUAUGUGUGAUACAACCAGUUCAUUUAGUAUUUAAUUCUUCACUCCCUUGAAAGUAUAUCUCUUCACAUGUUCAUAUUUUAAAAUUAUGUUCUCUGUUCUACACUUGAAAAAUUCAUCGACAUCAAUUCGCGCAAAAUUUCGAUUAUCUACAUUCAAUCUACAUACUCGAUCAGGUCCACGACUCCGAACGACUAAACAGACGUUAGUACAAAGUUCAGUUAUUAGAUCACGUGUCGAGUUUUCCUGCCACAAUGACGCAAUAAGUUUUUCGCAGUAGCAGGGCUCGAAAUUAAAAAAAAUCGUCAGGUCACCUUUUGGCGACCAACUGGAGAAAUAUAGUCGCCAGAUGCAAAUUUUUAGUCGCCAGUUUGUAUAAUGUAAAUGACGCAGCUCAUAGUCAGGGCCUCUGAUAUUUCUAGCCGUCGCAGAGCCGCGCGAGUGCUCCGCUACAAAAUCUUGCCAACAAGUCUGGGGACGUGUAAACCAACCUUUUAUACUUUUUAUACUUCACAUCUGAGGUGAAACAGUACCAUGAGGCGCUGUUUUUAUCAUACAGACCUCGACAGAAUGCAGUAUUUCACAAUUUUGCAAUACAAACUGCAAUCACUCAAUGUUCAGGACGAUCGAAGCACGCAUGGGCUUUUAGCGAAACCGUUAAAAAAAUUCCAAAAUCACCUGUACGGCUAGCCGGUUCUCACUUUUGAUAAGCGCCAAAGUCGACUGUUUAAAUUAUGAUUAGUAGAGUUAUACGCUUCAACAUAAUAGAGAAUUUAUGUUUAUUUUUUAUUUAAUGGUUUUAUAACGAUGUGUAAUCUUCAAAAGCGUUUGAUACGCGCGGCAUUUGACUACUCCUGCAUGCAAGCGAUGUUCAUGAGUGACUGAAAACAAACGUCACAGCGACUAAAAUUGCAAAAAAAACUACUAACAAUCAAUAAAAGGAAAUAAUUCGGUGAAACAUAUACAGAGACAACAAUUUUCAUUCACGAAGACAAGUAUUUAAGUGUCUCUGAAAAUCCUUGUUUGUGUUUUACAUUUUGUAAGCCGGCCUCCCGGUUUUUGCUUUUUUCAAAGAUGAACUCCAGGCAAGAAAAUCGCUCAAAGCUUUAUUUUACAGCCAGAAUUAUAACUAAAUAUUCUUUGGAACGUUUUCUUUCUAUUUGCAGUGAGAAAAUGUCUAAAGGCUUUUUAAAGUUCUAUAAGCUUAUAAUCAAACCUGAUACUUGGUUAGAUCAUUGUCUCAAAUGUUACAAACGUGCAUAAACUAAAUAGCCCAUAAACUACGCUCGACUUCAUUAAAUUAGUAUGUGUAAUCAAAUGGUGACGAGUGAAAUUAGGGAAUAAUUUCACGCGCGUUUUGUCCAAAUCCUUAUAAUUUCCCGAGCCUUUUUUUGACCUGUCAAAGUAAACAAGUUUCAAGAUGCUGCAUAAAGUUUCCGCAUGAACUCACCUGUCAAAUUUUGGCCAAAUUCUGAGUGUUUUCACUCAAACAACCAGUAACUAUGCUAUUUUACUGGAAAGAAGAAAAGAAGAGUUUAACUGCUAAAGGAUAUGUUCGGUUUUCGCUGUUUUGAAACACCAAUAUGGCUGUCGUGACAUCGUGUGAAGGCUUAAUAUCUCUUUGAUCCUUCUCUUCUCCUAGCAACUAAAUGUGCCCAAGAAUGGAUCGUUGAACAUAGGAAAGAUAAAAACAAAGCAAUGUAGGGGUAUUUAUGAUUUUUAGACAAAAAUACCAUGCCUGUUCCUUUCUUUUAGACUCUCCACAAGUUACCGAGAGAAAUAAGACCUACCUAGUUUCCCGAGGAGACUCUGCCACUCUCACCUGCCCGGUUGAUGGGAACCCUCCACCUUCAGUCCAAUGGUACAAAGGAAAUGGCAACAUUUGGCAACCGUUACAUACAGGAAAAGCAUGGGAACUUAGUCAGGCCACGUCAAGUGAUAGUGGGUUGUAUAUCUGUUCUGCGAGUAAUUCUGUUGGGACGGUUACAACCACUGUGAUACUCGAAGUUGGUGAGUAGCAUGCUCUGGUAGGGUGGUGAGGGUACUCAAGGGAAGUUUGGAUAGAGGUGUGUAAAUUGUCGGCACCACACAUGUAGAUCUCCACACUUCUUUAAAAAGGCUUCGGGUUGAAAGUGAUACCCUGUUCAAAAAGCUUAAUUGUGCAAAUAAAGCGGCACAUACCAGUUUAGACCAAAUAUAUAGGGAGUGCACUCCGGAUAACAUGAGAAGUUCAGAAAUAUCUUAACUUUCCAGGCUAGCUUACGCCUUCACUGCUAGAUUUAGGACAGCGGCAUGCGCAGGUACACUUUUUGUUAACAAUAAGUUAUACAUAAAUGCCAUUGACUUGGAUGACGAGUACUGCUGUAGGUGGUGAUGGGAAGGUCUCUACUGUCCGUACUGUGUAGUACCUUUGUGUGACAUAAGCGAAUUUCGUACUCAGACCGCUUUCCAUAAGACUGUUGAAUCUCUACCAUCGAAGACAGUAACUAGCUUUCAACUGUUUACUUGUAGAAGAAGCCACAACAACUGCAUCACCAUCUUCGUCAACAAGUAAGUGACGUAUUUGUACAUGUAAAUGUGGUCAAUGCGAGGAAAUCAUGUUUUACCUGAAGAUUAUCAGUUUGUUACCUUGGAUGCCCAGACAAAAUCUUCAUCUUAUUCCUGGAAACGACAAAGAGAGAAAUGUUCCUCUAGUAUAGGCAGUACAUAGCUUCAUCAGUAAGCUCUUCAUAAGGCUUUGACUGACGGUGUUAAAACAAUCUGUAAAAAGGCUGGGAAAUGAUUGCCUGCGCCGCUUACGAAACGUUUCCGUCUGCGAAACAGCGUCGAAAUCCUUGUUCUGGGCCCUAUCUGUGUACCAGGAUGUCACUACACGCCAUAAUCGACAUGUUAAAAAAGUUAUUGUCAAUUUGCCAAUCAAGAUGAAGGGUAACUCGUGAAGUCUGCUGGGUGCUCAGAACAAGGAAAUCGGCUCUUCUUCGCAGAUGUUACUAACCAAGGUUAAAUUACGUCUGCGACGCAGGCUAGGAAAUGAUAGGUUUUUGGUGAGAACAUAGUUAUUAGAGGAGACUGGUUAUGAAAAGCGGCAAACAUCAAUGAUAAAAACAACAGUGCUGCAGUUUAUGUUGGAAGCACCCUGCAAGUGCACAAUCCUUUGUUUUCUGUUGGCAAAUUGUUACGGAAUAAAUUAAUGCAACGUUUUUAUUGGUCAAUACAAUCAAAAUGAUAGGAAUUCUUUUGAACGUUGUGCACUUUCAGGUCCACAAAAACAUAUAACAAAGGAGCCUGACGGGUUUCAUAACCAUUCCACUCAAUUAACUAUGGUGAGAACUUCGAGACAGCCGCCUUGCGUAUUACAUUAUAAAUGAUAAUAUUUUUUUGUUAUAAAACACCGCCACCACCAACAACAAGGCUAUAGUGGAAAAACCACUCACACUCUGUUUUGCACUCCACGCCGCCCCCCUCCAAGAAGAAAUGCAUGUUAUUGUUUUCAAAUGCUUUCGGGAAUAUGGAGUCCUUGCUCCCUAGUUUAUGCAAAAUUUGUAUAGAGAAUAGCAUGAUUUGGCUUGAUUAUUUUAUUUAUUUGGCAUAAAUACCACGAGGGAUAUUUUGAAAUUGUUUUACGUAAUUUCAUGAGCCGUUAGGCGAGUGAAAUUUGAGACAAUUUGAAAUAUCGGAAGUGGUAUUUAUGCCAUAUAUCACCUACAAAUCAUGAUAUUAUUUGUUUAUACUACUACCCUUCACACGUAGGUAUUUCAAAUUAAGCUGAAAUACCACUGCUUUAAGCUACUCAAAAUGCAGAAAUUUCUCAUGUAUAACUAUAAGGGGGCAAACUGAUUAUAUUUUAAAGCAUUAAAGUAUAUACAAUGCAAACAAACAGUGACUGAGCUAGGGAUGACAUUUAUAAGAGCCUGUGCACACUACCACAAUAGCCUAUCUUUGCAAUGAAUAUGGCAAAAGCAGCUGGUGGUUGAGAAUCGGCGGUACAAACUUAGAAAGAGAAACUUUGUAACUGUUGUGUUGACUUUAUAACAAUUCCUUUGAGCUUUAUUACUGUUUGUGAUUUGUAGUCCUUUGACAUGUUUUACCGCUAUUGUAAUUUUGUAGACGUUAACUUUCCACUCCAAGUGACGUUAGUAGAUGCUGAAUAUCUUCAAGAUUACGAAAAUCUCAACAGUCAACCGUCGCAAGAGUUUAUUAGCAAAUUUGUGACUGAGGUAAUCAACAUGCUGCUUUAUUGCUCAUUAGGGGAAAGCUCUAGUCAAAGAGCUUUUCACCUUAAUUAAAAAAACGUAAUUAACUUAUUUAGCAAUAUGCCACAUAAGCUAGAAAGAUGAUUAAACAACAGAACGUAAUGCCCCUUACAAAAGUAAACUGUGCCAUCUCCUGUUUAUCUUUAAAGAUAACUGAGGAGCAGCAAACGCACGAUCUGGACAAACGUUCUUUCAAACGAAAUACCAAGUAGCAAGGUUACAGUCCACGAAGAGAAAGGGUGUGACUCGUAGUUUUGCAAUCUUAUUACUUAAAAGGAUAAUAAGAGACUGGUGGCAAUUUUGAAAUUAGUUGCCAGAGGUCCCCAACCGGGGUCCCCAACCAAUCCUAGAUAAAAAAUGGACGCAGCCCAACCAAAACUAGCUUUAAUUACAAAAUAUAUUGCAGAAUUACUCUCAACCAAAAAUGUGAGCUCAGGAUGCAAACAUUAAGUACGCAAGCAAUGACUUUAAGAAAAUAUGGGAGUGGUCUUGACUCACUUUACUCUCUACAUAACAAACAUGAUAAACUCCCUGACUCCCGAAAAGCGAAAAUCUCGUGUUUGACUGAAAUGUAGGAUCAUCAUUUACAAAUAGAAACCAUUUUGAAUGUCAGACUGGUUAAAUCAGUUUAGUAAUUUAAGGUUACCAGUAGAAUGAUGAACGAUUGCAGUUUCGUUUUUAUCGACAGUUUAUGUGUUGACGUCAAUUUUCCCUGUCGAAAGACAUCUUUCUAUAAAGCAGAGGGUAAUCUUUUAGUUUAAAGAGCAGAAUGAUAUAUAUAUGUAGGAACAGACUCCCAAGAGCAGUUGUCAGUAAGAUUCGAACUAUAUUGAAAAGUCGCUGCCACACUAUCUCACCGAAUUGGCUAAAAAUUGGCAUGUAGACUUGAUUUGGGGUCUUUAAUAAGGAAUAGGUAACUUUAGGUUCUAAUUCCUCCUAUUUCGGGAAUUAUCGACACGGCCUGUUUUGGGGUGCUUCAGACCGUCGCCAUAUUGGUUAAUUAAUAGAAGAUGUUUUUGGAGCCUUCGACUACAACCCUGUCUUCAAAGCUAAUCUUCCUUUGCCGAUACACAUUGAAAGAACUAUAAUCCCUCUUUAUUGUGUUUUUGAAACUAUGUCGAAAUUGAUAACGUUUUCGCAACGAUCGAUUAAACUUUUGGUGGGUAUACUUUUUGAGUUUUUUACACCCGUAAAAUUAACUGAAAUUCAAACGCGUAUAUCUCUCUUGCCACAUCGCAUUGAAGCCUGCCACUCUGCCUGAAUACUCAUUGUUUGUAGUUAAAUCGAGUUCGUAGGUAAAAAAAAUUGGGCAAAAACAAAAGUAAUGAAUAGAAGAGUGUUCUAGCGACUUUAUCAAUAAGCUUUACACCGAAUACUCGCCAGGUGUUGCCAAAAUUACAAUCGAUAAUAGAAAUUCUGUCACUAAUUCUCAGUGGUCUAUUUAAUAAAAUUAGCCUCUGUAAUAUAAGCGAUAGCUCUGCUGCGAAAAACAGUAGAAAAAAGCAGAUUGUAUAAGAAAAAGGAAAAUGAAUUUGUUAUAUUUAUGCUACGACACGUAAAUAAAAUGCAACCAUAAUCGAACUGGAAUUUUCCUGAUUUUACUCCAGUUCCUUUAUAGAAACCAGAGCUUUUAAAAUUAACCAUAAUAAUGAAAAUUGAAAUGUAUUAUACCUUACUUGACGACAAACAUAUCAAUUUCGACCUUGAUCGAAAAAAAAAUAUGCUUUCCCACACAUAUCGCGGGUCGAUCGUCACGUUCCUUGCAUGGGGUUACAACUCACGUGAAACCGCCUUGUUUCAAACAACUGAAUCCGUGAAAAUAAAUAAUGGAAUUAAUAUAAGUUAUCAUUAUUAGUGAGCGAGGAUGCGAUGAUAGUUCCAGCUAAAUGUACUUACAGCGUUUGAAGAACACAUGAGACAUGAGCCCUUGAAAUAAACAUCAUUACUUCCGGUUUUGCAAAUUGGGCGUCUGCAAAGUAAUAAAUAGACUCAUUCUCUCUUGAACACCAAUAACAACGGUUCCGUACCAAAUUAUUUAGUUAUUUUGUUUCAAUCACGAAUGUCGCUUUAAGGACAUUCUUGGUCUUUCCAUAAAGUGUUUUGUAAUGAACAGGAAAAUUGGUUUGGAAGAGGUUGAGAAGAAUGAGGUAUGAGCACAGGAGAUAAGAAAACUCCAGUCACCCCACCAAGGGGCUGUUAAACUGUGCGCAAAUGCCUCUCCCGAGGGACAAUUCCAGAUUUUAGUUUUCUUGAAAAAGCUUAAAAUCGCUAGUCCAUGCAUGGAUACCUCAAGAGAGUCCUAAUUCUAAAUAAAGGAUAAUGUGCCUGUUAGUAAGACGUCCAACAAGCUGUGCCCAUCGUAGAUAACCUUGUCUGGACUUGUACUUGUCUGAAAUUGUACUUGAUCAGAAACCUUCAAGUUUAUCCUCCGCCGCGACAACUUCAUGAUCUAUUUUUACUAAUGGGUGGUUCAGUCUGGAGCUAUCCUAUGGCUUUUCCUUUCGGGUCUUCAGGAGUGUCCCUAUCAGGAGCGUAACCAGGAUUUUCCAAUUCUCAAAACUUACCCUAACUUCUUACCCAGUUCUCUCGUAACGUUUCCCCAUUACAUUUGCUAAUUCUGUUAACUAGGUGAUGUCAUGCGUGGAUGAAAUGGCACUUGCAAUCGGUGAGGAAAUUAGAUUAGACGCUUUGCCCUCAGGGACCUCUCACGUUUUGUUGACACUUUCUACCUUAGAAGGGAAAAGUGAAACUUUGCCUUUCCCACUAUGUGUAAAUAAUUUCGUUCGGCUGUUCAAACUACUUUUAGAACACAACAAAUUACCCAACUAGCGUUUAAUUUUUAAUGAAGGUAUAAGGGUAGGAAUCCAAGUUGUUUUCAAAUGUUCUUCAAAAUGUACGCCAUGCAAAUGGCGUGUUUCACUGAUUGUGAAGCAAUGUCUGGUGAGUACGGGGGGGUACUUUCCAUCGUGAAAAAUUGAAAUUGAAAAGAAAAAUUUUGCAUAGUAGGAGUACACAUUAUUAGUAAUUUUAUCGAGUUGUGAAAAAUCACAAAUUUGUGUCUUCUUGAAUCUGUUAUACUCUCAUCCAGUUUGAGUGUUUUCGGUCUUUCCGAUAUGCUCGUCGGAGAUUGGAAGUUACCGUAAAUGAUCGAUUAAGCGCCGCGGUGCCUAUUUAAUUUUCCAUGUUAAAGGUGCGGCGCUUAUUAGGGAGGGGCGCUUAUUUCAACUACGGGUAAAAUACUAAGGGGAAUAUACAGAUAACUCAGAGUUCGGGAACAAAAAGGAAAAAUAUGCACACCUCGAACUGUUAUAUGAACCUGAUUUCGAAAGUUCCCGUACAUCAAAACUUUAGAACUCACGAUUGGGUUGUGGUCUUGUUUGUCAAGCGAUAUGGUUUUUGUUACGCUGGUAAUCUUUUAGAGGACGGGUAGCUUGCAAACUAAACUGAACGCAGGGUUGUCGGAACAGCAACAAGAAGUUUUAUUUGAAAAAUGAACGUAGUUUCCACGAAGUAAAACUCUACAACAGCACCUAACACGUUAAAGUUACACGGCCUCCGCCAACUUCAAUUAACCUGAUGAACUUACACGUCCUCCGCCAACUUCAAUAAACACUGCCUUCGUCACACUUGACUAAACACGACCAACGUCAAACUCUCUUCGCUUGUGAAAAAUAGUUAAAACUUAACUCGGACUCGCCUACUCAUAUACUUUUACAAUAAGUUUUUAGACCUUUCCAAAUAGUCUAAUUAUAGAAAGGUUACGAAAUAUACUCUAGAAACGCUUACCCAAGAUCCUAAAAUAAACAAACUACGAACUCUCGUAAAGCUUUCAGAAUGUCACGUUUAAAAGUCACGCAAUAUAAUUUUUCGUAACAUUUUAUAUCAAGUGUAAAGCCGCAGUGCACGGUUUGUUUUUUUAGCCUUUUGAUAAAAAUUGACAAAGUUUGCGUUAUCUUUGCCUAAGAAAAUAUGUAAAAAGUCCAGUAGCUCUAUACAGCGAAAUAUACUACAGAGAAAAUCCUAACUGUGCACACGAGCGGCUCCCGAUUGGUCUGGCAAAUCGAAGAGCGAACUUAAUGAGCUACACUGUGAGUAACAAAUUUUUUUAGCGCAUAUUUUAAGCUUUUCGCAAGAUAAGAAGCAAAAGAUCACCUUUUUACAUUACAAGUGAGGGUUUUUUAAGCGAUAGAUAGGCUUUAAGAGUCACUAUCGAUUUCUUAGAAUUUUCUUUUCAAAUAUUAACCGAAUUUUGUUUGGAAGCUUUAGCGCAUUCAUGCAAUUAUAAGUCUGCUCAAUUACAUUUGCCCAAUUAUUUUAUUCAACAAUCUAACUUAGCUAUAAACAAACUAUGUUUAGUUAAAAAAAAAUGGCUUACUCUAAAUCAAUGUGGCAUGGGUGAUAUUGACUUUCCAAUUUCUACCAAAUUUGUGUACCUUUUAAUUACCGAAAAAGGCUUAACCAUUUUCAGAUAAUAGUAGGUAAAUGAAAGGAGGAAGGAUAGUUGAAACUGUAUGAGUCACGAUUGAGCUAUUUUAAUGAUAAGGGUACAAUUAAUCAUUGUAAACCUCUUUCAGUUCACCAACAUGUCGGCCCCUCGAUGCGUCGUCAAAACUGUCAUUCCUGUAUCUUUGAAACGAAAGAGAAUUUGAACCUUAGAAUAUGCAUUCAGUAUUCAGGACACCAUUCUAAGACUACAUGCCAAAAAUCAGCCAAGUCGAUGAGGUACCGCGUGAGGCCGAAGUUCGAAUUUUGCAGAAAAUCACUCCUAAGUCGUGAGAAAUUAAAAGGUUUGAUGUUUCGAGUCUCGCUCCUCUUAAGGUGACUAAACACGGUUUGGUAGGUUGUAGGUAGUAACCAUUCAAUGGAAUGUUAUUCAAGACAAAAUGAAAGCAUAAAGCUCACAGUUGACAUGAUUUCAAUCGUUGCCAUGGCAACGAGGGUGAUUGAUGAGAAAUUUAAUUGUGUCACAAAACUCUUUUGAUCAAAUUUAUUUGGGCCUUGUGUUGACUGAACUGCGAUAUGAACAUAAUUUUAUUUUUCGAGAUAUUUUCGUAUGUUUACAUUACCUAUAGGGUGGUCUCACUAGCGACGGAGCCGGAGCUUGAAACUGGCUCGUAAGCGGAGUCGUAAAAGCGCUUAUGACCUUGUGAAAGUCAUAAAUCAGAGUCGUAAGCAGAGUCAUAAAAGCGCGACAGAAUCGUUUCCAUUUUCUUCCGACUCCGCUUACGACUCCGUUGCUUACGAUCUAGUGAGAACCAGAUUGUGGUGGUUGGAAAGAGAAGCGGAAGGAUAAUAUAAACCAAUCACAAUGCUCCUUUCCACGACCACUUUUUAAUUGGUUUAGUUCUUCUGCUUCUGCUUGCGAAUCUGACAGUCUAGUUUCCACGGGAUCGUAAACGAUGGAGUCGUAAGCGGAACCAGAACGCUAGAUCGUCAAGUCUUGCUUCUGAUUACGACUCCGACUCCGUAUCUCCUCAUGAUAAAUGAAGAUGUUAACUUGCAAAAAAAAAAAGGAAUAACGCAAUUCUGGAGAAACUGUUUUUGUCCACCUUAGAACACCUUAAGUUCAUCCCGAUGCAUUUAUUUUAAGAGUAUGCUGCGUGGAUAGGUAAAAAUGCACUACGUAGUGUUAAUUAGCUCCCAUGACGACAUUUUUAAGUAUAUACGAUCACCCAGCAUUAGGGUUAAACUAAAACCAAAAACAUCCAAAUAGAGCACAGAAUAAGUUGCAGGGUAUUUUUUUACUCGUUAUCUACUAGUGCUCAAGAGUUUAAAGUGAGCACUUCAAUUGCAGUGUAGGGAAUAAAUUUGUGAGUUAAAAAAAACUGGUGCGUGACUAUUCUGCUACAACGAAACUUCAUACAUCCAAAUCAGAAGGGAAAACUUGGUUGACUGUAGUGUACCAUGACAAAAGCGGGUAAAGUCGUGCUUUUUUAAAAUUAAAUUAUUUUCAGGAAAUACAUAUUUUGCUCAUUUAAACGAUUUUAUCUGGCUGGCAAAUUCAAAUUAUAAAAUCUGAUUUUGUCAUUACACACUAGAGGUUUUGACCAACAUUUAUUUAAAAAAUCAAAGAGUGCUUUUUUCCUUCUUCUUAUAUCUGCAAACUUAAACACAAAAUUUGGCAGUACUGUGACGUUGCCAAAAAGCGCGAUCUAGCAAUAAUAAUAAUAAUAAUAAUAACAAUAAUAAUAAUAAUAAUAAUAAUAAUAAAACAACCCUCCAACUUACAUCAUUCCUUAAUGUCUGCAGAAAGUUAUCUAAGUCCUUUCCAAGACGUGAACUUUAUUAGGAGGUUUGAAACUGUUCAUGAAUUGGUGUCCCCCGUGGCCUUUAAGGGAACUGGCAUUUCCAAAAUAAUGUGCACGAGAAACAAGGACUAAAAAUCAAAUAUUUCUCCGAAUUUUUUAAAGAUUUUCUAGAAACUGAAGGUGUUUUGGUGUGAGCUUUAACUGUUUUGUUUUGUUACUUCUAUUUUAUUUUAUUUUUAGUUUUCUAUGAAUUACCAGCUACGAAGGGCCUUUAUCACUAAAAUAUUCAAAUUGUAUUUACUGUAUAGUUUAAAAGGCCGUAUUAUACUUUACUGAAUGCAUGUUACCAGACAGAAGUAAGGUUACGCUGUUUCUGCGUGUUUUGUUUUAUCAUUUUUAGAUGGACAAGCUGUAUGAUGAUGAUGCAAAAUACGACGGGACAGAAGUGACCAAACUAAGGUUUGUAAAACACUGGCUUGAACCCUGGUCCUUUUAAUCCACUCACUCGUGAUCUCCUCAUUUCUUAUCUUUUUUUCCAUAUUUUUCACAGUAAAGGCAGUGUGAUAGUCUCUUUCGAGGUGCUCUUUAAAACUCCUGUCACCGCAAAUGAAGGGCUUGCUAAACUGAGAGACGCCGUAAAUAAUAAUAAAAGACUUGGUAACUUCACAGUUGAAGCUUUAAAAAUAAUCCAGCCGGUUAAUGCUACGACAGCCGCAUCAACUGAGGGAUCAACAGGUACCGUAUUUUAACUCGAGCCAGAAGGGUGAUCUCAGUUAAAAAUGACAUGCAUAUUAGAGAGCUUUUGCAAUCACGACAUCGAUGGCAACAAGAACGUCAAGAAAGCAAUAGGUUUAACAAUAAUAAUAAAAAACACAUCUACCGCAGGCGAAUAAAAAAAAUUAUUCAAUUCUUUUCUAAACCCAAUGGCUACGUGAAAUUUCCUGAUGCCAUUUUUUAUUGAGUACGUAGUGAAAACGGAAAGGAAAUUUUUCUGUCUCAUUCAGAACUUGGAUGCUGAAUUCAAUUUCAGGAACGUCCCUUCUCAAUUUUAAUAAGAUGCUUAAGCUGGUAUAAACGGGAUUUACUUUAAAAGAAAGCAUGUACACCUUAUCAAUGUCGUUUUAAUUGUCGUCACAGUUGUCGUUGUACCAUGUCCCUGGUAGUGUUAAGAUAAUGAACGUUUCUCUCGAGCUCUCAUUAGAAUAGAUUGUUCCGCGUAGAAAGAAAUUGACGAGGUCUGGGAGAGAGAACAGAUGAUAUCAUAACUGCCAAUUUUUCCACUUACUGGUCGAUCAAAUUCUAGAAAAUAAAGCAUUGAAUAAAAAAAGACAAGAAAUCAACGUCGGUGACCAGGUCUUGCGAGAUAAAUCCCGACAUAGAUCCUUGAAAACAUGUAUUCUCUGAGAUGCAUGGGGCCUGUGACGUUAGCGCCUUGAAAUGCGAGGACUGUAAACUUUUUCAAAAGGCGUUUUUAAUUGUUUUAAAAGACAGAAGAUGUAUAAUUGAAUGCUGUUGAUACUUAAAACUGCAGAGACAAUGACCUUCCGCGCCAAUAUACACUAGUUGGUUUAGUUUUAACUUUUCAUUCAUGGUUCUAUUCACAGAUAUUGAACGCUGCCAGUGUAAUGAGGUCAUCUGGAAAGCAGUUACUGGAGUCCUCAUUUUCGUUAAUAUCCUUCUUGUAGUCGUGAUAGUUUGGCAGCAAAAGAGAGGUAACAGAGAACUUCUCCUUUUCACUCCCACCUUGUUUUGACGAUUGUGGAACUUACUAAGCUGUACGUUUUCUAUUAAUGUAACAUCAACAGACCAUUUUAUGUGCCACAAAAUGUAGAGGACACAGAAUGAUCUCAAAAAUAAGUUUAUUAAGGGGAAAGACUGAUCAGAAUGGUACAGGUGUAAAUAGCAAAAGACCCAAGUAAUCACAUGAUGUACAUGCCUUUUCUAGAUAUAACAUCUAAGGCACACAAAACAAUGAGUAAGACAAUAAAUAGACCAAAUAAAUAAAUGCAGUGAAUAGAAUAUUAAAACGUUUUUGUCUUCUUUCAUAGGAUCGAGAGGACAGAAAAGGUAUGAAUGUUGGUUUUACAUGUAAAGUUUAAGCAGGUGCAGUUGUUUUCGUGUCUUAGGCCCCGUUCCUGAAAGGUAGAUUAGAACGACUAAUCCAAGAUAAAAAUUUUGUUCAACUUUUUGUAUUUACCUUCGUAUUCAUUGCGUAGAGUAACAUUUUUUUGUGUUAUCAUUGCUACUUCUCAGAGUAAAGGCACAGCAGUAAUUUGUUAGCUUUUAAGUUACAUGUUCUUUGAAAAAUAAAAAACAGUGCCUAAAAUUUGGCUUAAUCUUUGAAAAAACUUUCGAGCAACCGGCCCUUGCAGUCAUUUAAGCGUCUAAGAUAAAUGUGCUGGAGCAACAAUAUGGUUUAGUGUUUUAGUUUUUAGCCAAAAUUCCUCAGCAUAGCUAGCUAGGCGGACAUUACCAUAAUUACAUUAAUUAUUCACUAGCAAAAGUUGUGACCUAAUUCAGAGGUCGCGAGUCCCGUUCUUUCGGACAGCAAUGAACAAGAAACUAGAACUAAAAGAAAGUUCAUCUUCAUGUCAGUGUCAUAUACACUUAAAAAGUAAGGGCGGUUACAUAGAAAAUGACCUAUGAAUUGUGUGAGCCAUAUUAUUCAUUUUGAAUUCAUUACCCUUGAAUUAGAAGAUCGAUUAAAUAAUACAUCUGAACUGUAAAGAAAGUGAGUAAACGUUUGUCUGUUUUAUGUUAGUUUUCGUUCUUCUUUUCGUAUUUUCAGACCAUAUACGUUGCCACGCGACGAUACAGAGGCUUAUGACGUAAGUAACUUAUUUUUUCAUCUGUUUUGUCAUCCAGUCAAAUAAUUAUUAUAAAAGGAAAUUUAGGUUCGAGUUAUAUUACGUUUGGUGUAUUGUAUUGCCAUUGGGAAUUGUUGUAAAUAAUAGUAACAAGUUACCUAGCGUCAAAAACAUGUCAGAAAAUAAUUGACAGGCAUGCAAUAUUCUUCAUUUUGUCCUUGGCUUCGAGUUAUAGUAGAACAAUGAUUGAUGAUGCUGUUUUACUACUUUCAGAAUGAGAUAGCAAGGGAUGAGGUCCAACCAUCUCAUUCUCGUCAAAGCAAGACUGAAUACAUGGACCUAAAAGAGGUAACUGCAUUUGAAAGUCAGCGCAAAGAGGAAGCGACACUCGGUAUACCACAGGUGGAACGUUCAUUCCUAGGAACUGAUUACGCGCCUCUUCAUCCGUCAACACGCUCUUGGGAAAUUUCACGAAAUAGUGUCACCAUAGAAAAGGUUAUCGGUAAAGGUGCCUUUGGUCAGGUUGCCAAAGGAACCGCGAUAGAUGUUCGGGGGAGGCCAGGGAACACUCCAGUUGCUGUUAAAAUGCUUAAAGGUAAUCCACACCCUUCUUUUGGAGCUGAAAAAGAUUAAUGCUAAUAUUAAAUGUGUUUUUAUUGACGAUUCAUGAGUAGUUAAACAUUCUAACAUUUUAAAAUAAGUCAUUAAUCAUUAGUGAGAGACAAUAAGUGACAAAGAAAAAUUAUAAAAGUUGGAACAUUAUUCAGAAAACUUAUGAAUAUGAAGCGGUGGUCAUCUCAAUGAAUAACAACGCUUGUAUCACUUAUAUUUUUUCGUUUAUUUUUAGCUUCUGCUCCUGAGUCCGACAGAAGCGAUCUGUUAUCUGAACUCGAAUUAAUGAAGACGCUGAAACCUCAUCCACACGUCAUACGACUACUGGGAUGUGUUACUGAAACUGGUAAAACAUAUGAUUAAUGAUGAACGUACAUUAACGUACAUCUCAAGACAUCUCAAGUUAACAGUUAAUGUAAAACUAUUUCAACAAAAAGUCUCAGUUUCUAAAUUAUUGCUGGUAUUACUAAAAACCCCGUAUAGUGUAAAAGUUACUUGACUUAUUUUCUAGAGCCCUUAUUGGUUUUGAUCGAGUAUGUCCCGUAUGGAGAUCUCUUGGGUUACCUGAGAAAGAGCCGAGGACUCAAUGACACUUAUUUCAAAGACCCGGAUAUCAAGCCUCGAACAAAUCUGACGUCAGAGCAACUGAUGAAGUUUGCCUGGCAAAUUGCUGAUGGAAUGAGUUACUUGUCAUCAAGAUCUGUAAGUCAAAGAAUCUGAGUGCGAUUAGAUUAUAUAUAGAUUUAGCCACGGCUAAAAGCGAAGCUCCCGUUAAUAAAUUCAUAAUUUAAAUCAAACAAUAAACUUGUAAUCCACAGAUCAUGGCACAUUCAUGUGAAUUUUGAGGCAAAGGCUAAGAGAAACAAAUUUAAUUUUACAGCGAGUUAAUAGUCUUAUUCGUACAUCCAAAAAAAGCAAUCAUGUUCGAUCACAGUAGAUUAGACCUGGAAAACAAAUAGACCUAUUCGUGUAUUAUAUUUGCAUUAGCUGUUGCAUCAUAAUAGGGCCAUUUAUACGAGGAAAAAUAAGACGCGCCUUACAUAAGACGCGUCUUAAAUAAGACGCGAACUUUCCGUAUAGACGGCACAUUUCGUCUAAAAUAAGACGCGGCUUAGCUAAGACGCGUCUUAUUAGAUAAGACAUGCUCGUAUAAAUGGUACAGUUCGCGUCUUAUGUAAGACGCGUCUUAUUUUUCUUCGUAUAAAUGGCCCUAAUAUGGCAUUCACUGCUCUCCAACACUAUGGAUAAUUGGACAACCCCGAAAUAUAAUUUUAAGAAACACACGCGCAACGAUAGUGCUUGGUGGCAGCCAAUUUACACGUUGCAUUCCUCUGUCUAAAAGAGAGGCCAAAAUAAAAAAACCGGCCGGAUUUUUUGUGUUCGACAAGUUAAGUUUACUAGUAAAUCUUGGCGACGAAUCUGGUGGCGUGUAAACCAGCCUUUUAAACAUAGUUUUUCCUCAUCGCGUCUCAGGUAAACAGUACUAUGAGGCCGUUUUUUUAUCAUACAGACCUCGGACAGAAUUUUUUCUUUUUUGCCCUAUGAAACCUAUAAUUCUGCAGUUUUUCACAAUUUUGCAAGAGAAUUUGCACUCAUUCAAUAUCCACGACGAUCAAAGCACGCGCUUCCUUUGCACAACAAAUUAUAGCAUUGAAUUAUAAAACAUUUUCAUGAAUAGAAUUCUAUAAUGCCGAGACCUUUCAGUUAGAAAACCCUGGUCCUAUGUGAUAUGCAGGGUAAUAAUUAUGGGCUUUUAAUGAAAACGAUAAAAAAAUUCCCAAAAUCACUUUUCGGUCAGCCGGACGGGUUCUCACUUUUCACAGGCACCAAACUUGCAGUGCGAUUAAUAGAGUUACCAUUUACGCUUCAAUAUGAUAGAGAAAUUGUUAUGUUUAGGUUUUAUUUCCCUUUAUUUAUUAAACUGUGUAUGGUUUCGUUAUGUGUAAUCUUUAAAAGCGAGUGAUAUUUACGCGCGGCGUUUUGAGUAUUACUGCAUGCGAUGUUUAUGUUCGACUGGAAACAACCGGUGCAGCGAUAAGAAUUGCGAGAGGGACUACUAACAAUCAAUAAAAUAAAUAUAAUUCGGUGAAACAUGUACCAGUGACAAUAAUUUUCAUUCACGAAGAGAAGUAUUGAGAGUAAAGUGUUUCUGAAAAUCAUGAGUCAGGUAGCAUAAGCUUAUUUAUGUUUUAAGCCGGCUUCCCGGUGUUUUCUCUUUUUCAAGAUGAACUCGAGGCAAGAAAAUCGCUCAGAGCCUUCUGUUUACAGCCAAAAUCAUAACUAAAUAAUCUUCGGAACCUUUUCUUUGAAUUUGCGGUCAAAAACUGUCUAAAGGAUUUUUAAACUGAUACUAUUGUAGGUUAUAUCAUUGCUCGUGCAGCUCGUGUAUAAACUUAAGCCGCAUAAACUAUAUGCUCGGCUUCAGGAAACCGAAAAAAAAAAAACACAUCAAAGACAAUAAUUGCUCAGGCUUACCAGUCGAGAUGCUGCUUCUGAAGGUCAUCAAGUGUUCCAGAAUCGCUUGAGACUUUUCAACCCUCUUACAAGGGCAAGUGAGUAAGCUCAUUUUUGAAAACGAUGCCAUCCGAAAUCGGAUUUCCAAUGACUUUGACAAGCGGUGCAUUUGUCAACAAAAUGCACAAUAAACAAACCCGCCAUGAAUUACAGAACAAUCUUGAUAGCAGCUGUAUUUCAUUUUGUACACCAAGUAAAAAAAGACAGUUAAAAACAUCACAAGAUGACACAAAACUCUGUCAGCUCCAGCUCCAGUUUCCAGACGCUACAACCGACGCUGAAUAAAUUUUCCGCAUGAACUCACCUGUCAAAUUUUGACCAAUCAGAACAUAGAAAUUGGACGUAGAGCGUGAUCAACGCGUGACAGUGAGAAAAGUCAAAAGCGGUUGCUUUCCCUGCAUGUUAAUGUAAAAGCCGGUUGAAUUUUCGCGUCCGAGGUCAGUUCGAAAUCAAUAUUUUAAAAAUGCGGCUAAUGAACACGACUUAUUUCAUAUGCAUUUUAAAAAAAUUGAACUUGAGCCUGCGAUCAUUUGAAAAGUAGUAACUUGUCACCGGAUGCCUUCAAUAAAACACUCGAACUCAGUGGGUCGAUACCUGAGCCCGUGAUACGGUCAGGCGAUACUGGUCAGCAGAAACACUAUUUUGACAACUGUCAAUUAAUCAAAACAUGGAUGUACAAAAUCAGGUUGCAGGCUCCCAAACUACCUAGAAAGUGUGAGAUUAAACAUUGGUAAACCUGUGGUGCCUGUGGAUGGAUAGAUUUCCUAAGCUAUGGGGCUUCGAGUUGAGCCCGUGAUCAAAUGAAAUAUCGGCGCAAAACUUUAAACACUUAAUUAACCUCAGUGGAUAAGAAAUGAGCCCGCGAUACACUCAGGUGAUGAUGGUCAGCGUGUACUCUAGUUUGACAGCUGUCAAUUGACCUUCAUUAGAAUGGCGAAUAUUGGAAUUAACAGACUACGAGUGUGAGUAAGACAUAUCCGUCCGGUAUGUAGUGGAAAAUGCUAGAUCGUGUACCUGAGCGAACCUGAGCCCACGUUAUUAUUAUUACGUUAUCACGUCCUUUGAUAGUGGUCUUCACAUGUCCCAUUUUGACAGCUGUCAAUUGACCUUAAUUUGGCUUGCCAAUUUAACUUUGAACGACUGUCAGCCAGCUGAAAGCCUUGCCCGCCGUAGUUUCGUUUUUGCGUUGAAUUGGUAAGUGUGACAUAUUAUAUCAGCUUAUAUGUAGGGGCAAAACGACUGGUCUUUCAUCUGAGCCCGCGAGAUGGUCAUGUGAUAAUUGUCAGCGGAUGUCUGAUUUUGACAGCUGUCAAUCUAAUCGUACUCAUACGGAUGGUUUACAUAACUAAGAGGCUAGUCAAGUUGUGCAAGAUCUAUUGGGACAUUUGACAUCGGCUUACAUGAAGGGUGUGUACGGGAGGGCGUACGCUACGUCAUAACCAAAUUUUCUCGGAUGGAUAGUUUACCAAAUUUUCUUACCCAUGGUGCGCCGCUGCUCGCGCGCUUCGCUCGCGCGAGAGCUCCGCUAUGAAUUGUGAAAGACUAGGAAAUACUAUGAAAAACGUCAUCGACAUGGAAUUAUUAAGAUUCCUGUACAAGAUAAGAAAAAAGCCAUGCCAACUAUACUAAUUGAAACAUAUGCACGUGUAUUGAUUAAUAAAUGAAUUAAUUAAUUACUGAGGAAUUAAUAUGCCAGUGGUCCAGAAGAUGGGUCGAAAUGGGUGAAUUUAGCCCUGAAUUCAAUUAGAUCCAUUUUAAUGAUUGGUUAACUAUUUCUUACAGAUCAUUCACCGAGAUCUUGCAGCUCGUAACGUGUUGGUUGGGGAAAGAGAAACGUGUAAAAUAACUGACUUUGGAAUGGCCAGGAAUGUCCAACAGGAGAACAUUUAUGAAAGAAAGACAAGGGUAUCUGAGUUAGGAAGUAAUAAGAAUUAAUCAUAAGAUAAAGGGAAUCUAAAAUCAAGGAUUUACAUUCUAUUAUACAUCUUCAAUGUCUCACAUUAAGGCAGCCACGCGGAUUUCGGGCAUUUCGAACUACCGUACCCUUGCAUUCUAAAACCUACUUGUUUUGCCUAAUAAUCACUACUGUAACCAUUCUUUUUCACACUUCCUACGAAAGUAGGUUGCCUUCUAGAUAAGGCUCCUCGAACUUUUAAAUCUUAAUCUAAAAAACAAUUUUAAAGAUGUCUUUUUUAAUCGUUCUGCGUCUCAUCGUUUACCACCAGGGACGUCUGCCAGUCAAGUGGACUGCAUAUGAAGCGUUGAUGUUUAACACUUAUACCACCAAAAGUGACGUGUGAGUAAAUAUAAUAAAAAUUGUGUGGAAAUACAGUUUACGAUGUUGAAUAUUAUUUAGUAGUUGUUGCUUUGCUUAUUUUACAAAUCAACGCUUCCGCUUUAUUUGCAGUUGGAGCUAUGGCGUUGUUCUUUAUGAGAUUUUCACUGUAGGUAAGUUGUUGUUUUUUUCUUAAUUAACGAUAAUGGCCUUCGUCGUGCAAGUUUCUUUUGCAAUAGGUUCUGAAGACGUAGUUUGUUUGAAUUCCUGUACUUUCAGGUGGUUCUCCAUAUCCGCGAAUGGAUGGCAAGAAAAUUGCUAGUCUACUUCAACAAGAAUACAGGAUGCCAAAGCCACAGCACGUGGAUGACAAAUUGUAAUAGUAUCUAUUUUACUUAAUCACAGUUUGAAAUUGUAUCCUAUUUGUAGUUGUAUUUGUUUUUUUUUUCGUACAAACAGUAGUAAGAAUAGAUAUUACCAGAGGUGAUGAUCAGUUAUGAGAUUAAAAGAAUCUUUGACCUCUUAAGACGGAAAAUUUGGGAGAAAAGACAAGUCGAGAUGAGACGAUUUUAUUUUCUGUUCUCAGGUAUCAAAUCAUGAUUAACUGUUGGCAAAAUGAGCCAGAAGCGAGACCAUCAUUCACCGCUUUGACCAAACAGUUGAGGGACAUGGAAAACCAGCAUAAGGUGGGUUUGUUGGUACCUUGUGACAUUAAAAGUAUUUCAGCGACAUCAGCAAUGACAACAAUCUUUCGGCUAUAA